GAGCGAUUGAAGCCCGGUCUCUGUCACAGAGCUGUUUGAGAAAAAAGACAGAAAAGUUUGUGAACCUUUCGAUACAUGGAAUCACGGAAUUAACUUGAUUUUGUGUAUGCAAUGGAGUAGUUUGGAGUAUAUUUUCAUAGAGUGAUGGCGUACCAGGGUGGUGUAGCCCCCAACCUGUCCCGCCAGGGAAGCCACCAUUCACUGCAUGGUCCUCAGGGUCCUCAGGGUCAAGAUACAUUCGCCUCACAUCAUCGGCUCCAGCCGGCUAAUCUCAACCAAUCAGCACGCAAUGAUCCCCGGAGUCAAUCCCAGAUCCUGGGACAUAUGACAGGACAGACUCAGUCACAGAAUCCACAUAAAUAUGUCUCCCAGCCAAAUCUCUCCCAUCACGAAUCUGACAGACGGCACUAUGGUAGCCAGCAGAUAUCUCCAAAACCAGCAUAUCAGCCAAUCAGACCGCAGGAACAAUCCAGUAAGCCAGAUUAUAGACCAAUUAGAGCUGACAAUGAACCCCAAUACAGCAGCCAACAGAAUCUAUCACCAACCAAUCAAAAGCCACAGUAUCAACCCAUCAGACCCAGGAAUUCAGAAGGGUCUAACCUUUCUCGACCAGUUAGUUUACAGAACCUGAGCCUUGAACAACAGUGGAAACUAGUUCGGAGUGAAAGUACAAAAUCUGUGUCUGGUCUUAGACCUAAAGUACAAAACUAUGCUCAGAAUCAACCAUCCCCAUCCUCACCCCAAGGUCAAAGGGCAAUGUAUCCCGAAGAAGCUAGCCCACAAUCCACAUCCCCUAAGUACCCUCCAAAUCAGUCCUUCUCUCGUCAUGAGAGUGAGGCUCCUCCACCUUACCAAAGAGAGCCCGAACAAAUCACAGCCUCUCAUCAAAAUCCUCAGUACGCCUCACAGCAGAAUGGAUUCUCCACUCACGACUCGAGACGGUCAUUGAGGUCGCAGACCUCACCUUAUCCCUCCAGGAAAGAUGCCAAAAGCCCUCCUCAUACCACCCCACAGAUGUCACGGAAAGGCAGCGAGUACUCGCAUGCUCAGCGCAGUGUUCGUACCCAACAGAGCGCUCACAGUCAGAUGUCCCUGGCUAGCUCAGGGAGCGGGGCCCACCCUAUACCAGAAGCUCGGGGAACAGAGGCCUCCCACAUCAUUGAAAUCCUCAAAAAAGAAAUUGUCUACCUGACAGGGGGCAGGGACAGACAGGGAGGACCAGUGCUCACCUUCCCCCCUCAACCGGACAACCCAGACUUCAACUCCCACGACAUCACCAUCUGUCUCAAGUACCUGUUACAGAUACCCAGUGAGGAAUCCAAGAGGCGGGGAUUCACGGCCAUUGUGGACAGUAGGGAUGGAUCGUGGCAGAACCUUGUGACCGUACUGGGAUGUCUCAAACAAUCCCUCGGCGAUUACAUGAAGCAGGUUCUGGUGCUGAAGGCUGACCAGCAGAUGGAUAGGCGCUCCAGUAGUAGCAGCUUUAGGAGGGACCGAAACAACCCAAACCUAGAGCCUCAGUUUGUGAAUCUCCAGCGUCUCCACACUUACGUGGACAAGAACCAGUUGACCCAUAGCUACGGAGGGUUACUAUGGUACCACCAUCCUGAGUGGCUCCAAAACAGAAUUGACCUGGAGAAGUUUAUCCGUGAGUCUCGCGCGGCCUCCUCCCACCUGGAUGACUCGGAGACCCAGAUCCACCAGGUGUACUCCCAGCGGGAGACCCUGACCAGCCCCCUUGAGUCCCUCAGACAACACCGGUUCUUCCAGGAGUCCAUCAUGAGUGUCCCUAACCAAGUCAUCCGUGACGACCAAUUUGUCCCCAUUCCAAAAUUGGAAAAACAUGGUCAUGACCUUUUGACCCGGCUGAAGCUCCCUGGGAACUCUGAGGAGGACACGGCCAGCACGCUGGACAACCUGGAGGAACAGAAGCAGGUCAAGCGGCUGAUCACGUACCUGGAGAACCGUGUGGACAAGUUACAGAACCUGCUGGAGGACCGCGACCGCUCGCUCAGCCUCAACCUGCAGUAUGAGGACUUUCAGAGGAAUGUCAAACACGUGGUGUCAUGGAUACUAGGACCAGGAGAGAAAUUACUGGCCUCACAAGUCGGAAUAGGCGAUUCUUACCUUGCUGCUGAGGAGCUGAGAAAAAGACAUGAGGAAAUGGAAAUCAAAUGCACUGACACGUAUGGACAGUACGCAGAGUUAAGGCACACUGCUGAGGAGCUGAUUAAUGAGGAGCACACAGCGACUGUGGACAUCAAGUCUACUCGGGACUACAUGGACACUGUCUGUCGAAGCUUCGCCAGUCGACUGGAUCGUCGCCGCACUCUACUGAUCACCUCUGUUCGAUUUCACAGGCUUGCAGAGGAGUUCUCGUUGAAGCUUGAUGACCUCCUGGAGAUGUUGUGUAGUGAGAUUGAGGCUGAGGAUGUUCCGUCUGCUGAGGCAGCCAUUCAGAACCUCAUUGACAAGUGUGAAAAUUUAGACACAUUAGCAUACCAGACUUUAAAUGAUGGACAAAGCCUUCUGGAUGAAAUGUCUCGCCCGGUAAAAAAUGCCAUGGGUAAAGACAUCACACCUGACUAUUCCUCCCAGAUUAAACACAUCCAGAAACGACUGGAAGACCUCCAGGAGAGGAAGUUACGCUGCGAUGAACUGUCCGACGUUCGCAAACUGAAACUACAGCAGAUUCUUCAACUACGCACGUGUGAAAGAGAUGCUGAUCAGGCCAUCAACUGGAUCCUGGAGCUGUGUGAUGUGAUGGCGGCCACUCACACUAAGAUGGGCAGCACCCAGGAGGAGGCUGAGAAUCUACAGAUGGAACACAAGAAAUUUGAGACCACUGCUGCCAGUACGUACGAGUAUGGCAAGCAGUUGCUCCAGGCUGGACUGGUUCUCCGUCGGUCACUGAGAUACAACCUGGCCCCUAACAACGAGAGGUCCUACCGCCUGGAGGAGGCAUGGAAACGGUUCUCACAGGGGACCAAUGAACGGGCCAACAGACUAACUGUGUCAGCCAUGUUCUUGGCCUCAGCUGACAAGAUCUUGGACCGAGUGGACGACCUCCUGAUCCCUAUAUCUUGGACCAUGUCUGGGGAAGCCACCGUCCCUGAAGUCCUGAGGCAGUACACCCCAGUUAAAGGUCAAGUGGAUAGGGACCACCAGGAGACUGACCACAUGGGUCGGGCCCUGCUAGAGAGGCUGGCCAUGCCCAUCAUUCUGACUGAGGGGAGAGAGAAGACAGUAAGUUUGGAUGACCAUGAGGCAGUGGAAGUCAUCAGCAGUAAACUCAGCAAAAUGGAACAAAAGCUGCUGGACCUGAACCGCUACUGGUCAGAGAUGGAGAAGACAAAGAUGCCACCAGCAUCAGUGCAAUACGGGGAAUCUCGAAAACGCCAACCAACCAGAACAAAGACAUUCUCGGGAUAUGACACGAAUAGAAAUAAAUCCCAGCCAUCCCAAAAACGACAGAGACGGUCAACCUCAGACCUUGGGGGUCCACCCAGAGCCCCAGAGAGGGCGGUCAGGACCAGGGAGAAGCCAAAACCUCCAGAGAGGUCAGGAUCCCUCCAUCACAAUGUUAGACCCCCUGUCAGAGAGGGACUGGUGACCAGAGCAUCAAGUCGACCAGUAAAUGCUGGCAUGACCCAGAGUCUGCCCAGGAACUACAGGCCCUCAUCUCCAGAAAGUCUCAAACAACAGCUGGAAGAGGGAGCAGAAUGGAUUCGAGUUCGAGUCCAUCAGAUGGAGCCCGACCUGACAGAUGUGGGAUCUACCCUGGAGGAAGCCCUGCAGCUGAGACAAGAACACAAUGAAAUGCUCGCUAAACUCAAGAGCAAAGAGGACGAAAUAAAAAACAUCCUGGCUAGUGCCGAUGCCUACGCUGUGGAAAACCGCUCCCAAGCGGACGUGUACGCGGCGAUGGCAGAGACACUGAAUGAAGCCUGGAGAGAACUCAACCUGAAACUCGAACACCGCUCAAUGCUGCUGGACUUGAGCAUCGGAUUCCACCAGAGUGCUCAAGAUUUUGCUGCCAAGAUGGAGCAAGCUCAGGGUAAAUUCACCAGCAUGUUGCCGACUCAGGACGUAAACACCGCCCGACACUUGCUUCAGCAGCACCAGGACAUCAAAAAGAGCAUACUUGAAUCAUCCCAAGCAACCUUGCAACAAGGUCAUUCGCUUUUGGAGCGUAUUCGUGAAAUGGGUAUGCAUGCGGACCUUCAAAACCGACACGCCACAACAGCAGCGUGCUACGGUAUCGAACACCUACUGGAACUACUACAAGACCGAAGACGACGACUCGAAGAAAUAUGGGAACAGCGCAGGAUCCGUCUAGAGCAGUGCCUACAAUUGUGCCAGCUCGACCAGGAAACCAACAAGGUUCUUGACUGGUAUAGAACGACAGGAUCCGCCUACCUACACAGGACUGAUCUGGGAGACUCGUACCAUCACUCCCAACUCAUACAAGAAGAACAUCACAGAUUUGAAGCCCAAGCACGGCAAGUCCAAGAGAAUGUUCUGCGGCUGGUCCGAAAAGCGGAUCAACUUCUCCGCCGUACGAACUUGGAUGCCGAGGGCGUAAGACAAAGACUACAGACAGUGGACCAUGAAUGUGAAAACUUCAUGGUCCGCCUGGACACCAAGAGAAAGAACAUUUCGAUGGCUCUAUCCUUUUUCGAUUUAGUUGAAAAAGCUCUAACAACACUCGACCAGAUCGAGGUCCAGCUUAACACCAUGGACCUCCCACGUAACAGCGCGGAGCUUGCAGACCGUCAUGCUCAGUUGUCUAACGUCAUCGUGGAAUCCUCCACUCCAGCCCUCCGUGAGGGUCGUAUCCUACUUGAAAGGGUCAGUAGGGACGACCCUGGGGCUGAUGGCGUCAGACGCAAGAUGACUCAACUGCAAGACCGCAGCAUGGAACUCGAGUCCCUGUGUAAGGCUCGGCGAGCCGAGGCCUGGGAACGGAGCCAGACUUAUCUAAUAUUCCAAGAGAAAUACACAGAAGUUCACACAUGGUUAACAAAGAUUUGUCAGGCCACCCUGGCCAGGCACAACUCAAUGGGAACCAGCCUUACCAAUGCAGAGGACUUCCUAGAAAUACAUGAACAAUUGGAACAAGACAUUCGAGACAAGAAUGCGGAUGUGGAGAGUUUGUCGGAGGCGGGGGUAAACCUGGUCAAGUCAGGGGACCAGGAGGCCCAAUCCGCCGCCCACAAGGUCGACAGCCUGUGUAAGCAGAUCCAGCGUCUGCACCGCACUGUGCAAGUCCGCAUUCAAAUCUCCAUCGUAUAUGUCACUUUUCACAAGCUCGUGCAACAGCUUGCCAACAACAUGAAUGGGUUGGAACAUAUCAUCAAAUCAGAAACAGAGAACUUACAAGACUUGACAGAAGAUGCAGUAAGACACACGGAGGAACUGUGGACCAAGGUCACAGACACAUACAACCAGCUGCGUGACCGCGGACAGGACUUCCUACAAAGUUCAUCCACCAUUCAGGAUGACUCGACCAUUGACAUUAGGAGCUCCACCAACACUGUGGAGAUCAUUGUAUCAGAAUACACAGAGAGGAUGACCAUACUCAGCACGACUUACGAGUCAUGGACAACUCAUGUCAACUCAAGUCGCCAGUUUAAAACUCAGUGGCAUCAAUUUAUCCAGGAUGCCAGAAAGACAAUUGAUAUGGUCAUGAAAAUUGAGAACGACUUUUUCCCGGUGAUUGCGGGGGAUUUGGGUAGCUCGGUGGACACCGCAAACCGCUAUCAGAGCCAGCUAGAGGAGUUCACUCCCAUGUUUAAGAGAGCUCAGGAAGAGAUUGAGCGCCACCUGAGCACUGCAGAGUUACUGUCCCUGAAAGGCAACACCAAGGGACAGAAGGACCAGAUCAUUAACGAGCUGAUCAAGGUCCGCCAGCGCUUCACAGCCCGAAUCCAUGAGUAUCAGAUACUGCUCAAAAUGACAAUACAGUUCUUUAGAAACCUCGACCAGCUUGACCGGCUGAUUGAGAGGACAGAGAAAGAAUACAUGGAAUCUGACCUACCGUCAGAACUUUCGCAGGCGGAGAGUCUGCUAGAGGAACACAAGCGUAAGAAGCAGGAAGUCUCCAGCCUGAUCAACUACACUGCCGACGAAGGCGAGAAAAUCGUCGUGCGCGUCCGACAAACGAGGUCUCUAGCAAUGGUCAGUAGAUAUGUCCAACAUCUCCUGAAAGAAGAAGAGGACGCAGAAGCUGCCGCCCAGGACGAUGUUGAACGCGUGCUGAAGGUGACGGCAGAAUAUAAACAGAGAUGGAACCAGGCAUGGGAAGAACAGGAGAAACGCCUGAAGCAGAAUCUACAGAUCUGUCAGUUCAACUACGACCUCAGACAGAUCCAUUCAGAAAUCGAUGAGCUACAUCAACAUUUACAGGCAAGGCGAGGUAGCUAUGGCAACUCAUUGCCAGCAGCAAGAAUGAACUCGCAAGCCUUCAAACAGUUCGAAAUGACUGUUGAGUUAAUUGAAAAGAAAAUUCAGAACUUCUCGAGCACAGCUGAGCUGAUGGUCCAGGAGCGCCAUGACGAUGCAGUUCACAUUGAUCGUGAACUUGACCUACUGAAGACAAAAUGGACGACCUUCCACACUAGUGUCCGAAACUACCGUCAGCUGCUAGAGUGCUCGGUGGAGUACUUUAACCUUUAUGAAGAGUCCGAAACAUGGAUUAAAGAAGGAAACACAUUGUUGAAUGAUGUUCAUAGACACAUGAACCAGUGCCGCUCUUCUACAGAUGCUGAGCGCCUUGUGUCUACUUUAGAUAAAUUCAUCGAAAAUGGACGUCCAAUGCAGGAAUCCAGACUGCAAAGGAUGUCAGAACUAGUCAUAGAAUUAUAUGGUGAAGAGGGACCUAGUCGUUUACAUAACUUAUUUGUACAAAAUCAGGAAUUGAUGCAAUCAUUCCAGCAAACCGAAAAUCACAUUGCACAAGUCAAAGCCCAGCUGAAAGACAGAGAGGAGGGACAACCUGUAGCUGAGGAAAUUCAGCCCAUGGAAGUGAUUGUCACUGCCUCAAUGCCCAAAGCCCAACCUCCUAGAAUCAUCAAGCCAAUCACAGAUGCCGAAGUUAUGGAGGGAGAAAAAGUGACUCUAGAAUGCCACGUUGACUCGGCCACUACGCCUGAGGUCAUGUGGUACAAAGAUAACCUACCUCUGAACAGUCCAGACUACGAGACCCGCUAUGACCGUGGGGUCGCGACCCUUACAAUUGAGGAAACUUUCUCUGAGGAUACCGCCAGAUACACAGUGCGUCUGACCAAUGAAGCAGGCACCGCAGAAUCGUCCGCUUACUUACAUGUCAGAGAAACACACCAGCAAAUUUUGCCCCCAGACUUUACAAAAAAUCUCAAGUCUGUUGAUGUUUUGGAAAGUUCCCCGCUAUCCAUGGAAUGCCAUGUGACCGGGAUUCCCUCCCCUACCAUUUCUUGGUACCGCGAUGACCAGAGCAUAGAUAGCUCACCUGAGUACAUUAUCACAAAAAUUAACGGCACUUGUUGCCUCAAAAUCCGACAGGCUGCGCGCCAUCACAGUGCUCGGUACACUUGCCGUGCCAACAAUCCGGGAGGGGAGGCGGCAUCAUCCGCACGGAUCACUGUCGUCCCCAUGGAGAAGCCAAUAAUACACAAAAUGACAGAGGAUACCAGUAUCCCAGAAGGCAAAGGGGUCAGACUUGAGGUCAACUUCACAGGGUCACCAACCCCUGAUGUCACCUGGUUCAGAGGUCAAAACAGAAUUGUACCAUCAGCUGUUUACAAGAUAACAAUUGAUAUUAAUCGAUGCACACUGGAGAUUAAGGAGGCUUUCCCUGAAGAUUCAGGGACAUACACAGUGGUGCUACAGAAUGCGGCAGGAGAGAUCCGACGAUCCUGUCAGGUCACAGUGGAAAGCUUCUACUCUAGCACCACAGAGUCAGCUUCACUGGCCUCUACAGAAAUUGAGGCAGUUCCACCCAGCUUCAUCCAGCACCUAUCCCCAGCCAAAGAGGCCAUGGAGGGAUCACGAGUGCGUUUGGAUUGCAUCCUGGUGGGUCACCCCGAACCAGAGGUCAUCUGGUACAAGAACGACAAGCCUGUUAAGGAGUCCAAGGACAUCCAGCUGCUGUUUGAAGGUGACCGCUGCACACUGUGUAUCAGGGAGGCCUAUCUGGAGGAUUCCGGAACCUACCGAAUCGUUGCCAACAAUAUCCACGGCCAAGCUGAAAGUCUCUGUAAACUGCAUGUUGAACCAUUGAGCGAGUUGAGUGAUGCUUCCAUUGGAGAGAUGACAUCCCCACGAUUCUCUCAGCCACUGCGGGACUUCAGCGUCCAAUCAGGACACCGAGUCUGCCUUCAGUGUAGAAUCACAGGACAUCCGAUACCGGAGGCCAAGUGGUACAAGGACAACAAACCCAUAGACAACAGCCCAGACUACGAGAUCACAGCCUUUGCUGAUGUUCACAACUUGACAAUUCCUGAAGCCUUUGAGGAAGACAGUGGCACCUACAUGGUAAGGGCCAUUAACCUGGCCGGAGAAGCCAAGUGUUACUGUAAACUAACUGUGAAAACUGUGUCAGAGCCCAUGGAACAAGAGGAAGUCAUGAGAAUGAAACGUGUGGUGGAAACCAGGGAGAUGAAGGUCAAGGUCGGUCGUGAGGAGGUGGAGCAUUCCCCGCCCGAGUUCCAGAGACUCUUCCAGGACCUGAGUGUCAAUGCUGGAGAUGCUGUCACACUGGAAUGCAGCAUCACUGGAGCCCCCAAGCCAAAGGUGACCUGGUUCUUCAAUGGACAGCCUGUAGUCUCCAGGGACUAUCAGAUCACUAUGGAUGGAAACACCCACCGCUUACACAUCCCAGAGGUGUUUGAUGAGGAUGCUGGUCGAUUCUCCAUCACAGCAGAAAACCCAUCAGGCAAAGCCACCUGUUCUGCUGUCCUCAAUGUGGAUGAGGAGCCAGCUCCCAAAACCAGGAUAUUUGGAUCUACUGAAUACACCAGCAGACGAGUUUCUCAUACAGAAACUGUGACCUCCAGGGAAACCAGGUUGAGUCGCACCAUCAUGACCGCUCAGAGAGAACAACAGGCCUACAUCCCAUCCUCAGAGCAGCAUGCCACCACCAUUAUCACCGACGUCAAACCACAGGUGCCACAGCUCACUGCUCAGGAGCACUAUGCCACCACAAUCACCACUGACCUGCAGCCAAAGUAUCAACCAGUGGACCUUACCAUCUCAGUGCCAGUACCACCAAAGUUUGCCCAGGCCCUCAAAAACAUUCAAGCCAUGGAAGGGUCAAAGGUUACAUUUGAUGGAGUUGUAACUGGCAAACCAGAACCCUCUAUUAAAUGGUUCAGAGAAAACAGAGAAUUAACAGACCAAGCUGAUUUUGAAAUUUCCUACAAAGAUGGCCGUGUGAGUCUGACUAUUCCAGAAGUGUUUGAAGAGGAUGCUGGAAAGUUCACCUGUACAGCAAAGAAUGUUGCUGGUUCUGCCAGCAGCUCAGCAGAGCUUGUAAUCAAAGCCUCUGUUGUGCCACCGUCAUUCACUCAGAAGCUCAAGAGCCAGGAUGUUGGUGAGGGCAACCCUGUCCGCUUCACCAUCAAGGUGUCAGGACAGCCCCCUCCCGAGAUCACAUGGUACAAGGAUGGAACCAAACUGACCAGUUCCAGAGACUUUGAGAUUAUACAGGAGGGAGAUAUCCACUCUCUCUACAUACCAGAAGUGUUCUAUGAAGAUGCCGGCAAAUUCUCAGUCACUGCCGAAAAUCCUGCUGGCAAAUCCCAGUGCCAAGCAGAGCUUAGAAUCCAGGCACCCAUGGAGGAAACCAUCACUCCAGUACAGAAACCAGCAACACAAAUGCCGUACGGAGAGCCAACUGCCUCUCCAAAGCUUCAGCGGCCAUCAGACUUCAUGAAGAAAGACGUAGCACCAAAGACUCGCAGCCCUGCAGAGCCCCAGAAAUUCACAGAGCAAGUGGAAAUGGAGGUAGCAGGGGAUAGAGAACUUCCAAUGUUUGAACAGAGAUAUAGGUUGUUUCAGAAACCAGAAGAGACGGCUCCACCUAAGCAGGUGUCUGAGGUGUCCUUUAAACCAGCUGUAUCCCACAAACAACCCCCCAACUUUACCAAGAGACUACAGGACAAGACAAUCAAGGAGGGACAGAGGUUGGUCCUAGAGGUACGUGUAGAGUACAAAGGACCAGAGCCCAUCAUUAAGUGGUACAGGGAGGGGCUAAUCAUCAGGAACUCCCCCGACUACCAAAUCACAUUUGAGAACAACACAUCACGGCUAUCAGUAGCCGAGGUCUUUCCAGAAGACACUGGUGUGUACAAGUGUGUGGCCACAAACGCAGAUGGAUCAGAUUCCACAGAGGCUAUGCUGAGAGUAAUUGCACCAUCCCCAUCCCAGUAUGAACAGAUGCUGGUUGAUGAGCGCCCCGAUGUGGCCAGCCAUGUACCGAUGGAGGAGGAGAAAGUACCCUCCCCAGUGGAGCCCCAGCCACCAGUGUUCCUUGAAUCACCCCACGACUUCAGACUGGUAGAGGGAACUAAUGCCAUCUUUGAAUGCCGCAUUUCUGGCAAACCAUUCCCAGAAAUCACUUGGAGAAAGCGCGGAUUCCCCAUCCGCAAUGAUGCUAGACACAGAAUUAGCAUUGAUGAAUUUAAUGGCCGCUGUUCUCUUGUCAUCUCUAACUGUAAACCUGACGAUGCAGGAGACUACACAUGUACAGCCAUUAAUUUUGCAGGAGAGACUAACUCCACAGCUGUUCUUCUUCCUGCAGAAGUGAAGCCACCUUCACCUCCUCCUGCACCUGAGCUACCAAAGACACAACCACCAACAUGGCAACAAAAACCAUGGCAACAGAGAACAGAACCACCAGCCAAAAAACCAUGGCAACAGAAAGAGACGCCGCAGCCUUCUUGGGCAGCUUUGACUGAGCAGUUCACUCAAGGGGAAGCACCUCACCGGACUGACAAGGGAUUCGUCACCUCCAGAUCUGAGAGAAUCCUGGAGAGUAACUUAGAAUACAGGAGAUCUCAGGAACCAGAGGAAAGACCAGUCACCUCAACAGCUGACUUCCAACCUGCUGGUUUCGAGGAAAAACUAAAACAACAAAAUUACAUUAAAGAUGGUAGAGUCAAAUUCUCCAGUGAGACAGAGACAUCUCAAUCCGAGUAUGAGUCUGAAUUAGACCGCUCACCAGUGGCUCAGCCGAGCCCACCUCAGAUCACCCAGAGGCUCAAGGACUUCCGCCUCAUGGAGGGAUCAGAUGCUACCUUUGUCUGCAGAAUCUCUGGAAGGCCAAGACCAAAGGUUGCAUGGUACUUAAAUGGACACAGAAUUAAGAGAUCAAGUCGAUAUGAGAUGAAAUUCACAAAGGACGGUUACUGCACCCUGCGUAUCCGCAUGGCUCUUCCAGAGGAUGCUGGACAUUACACGGUCCUAGCUGUCAACAACCUUGGAAAGGACACCUGCUCCAGCAAACUCUAUGUAGACAGACUUGGAAACAUUGAUGCCACAUCUUUUGUGGCCCCCGAAACCUUAGACAAAAUACUCAACAAAGGCAAGAAAGAUCAAGCUCCAGAGGAUGAGGGAGGCAUUCUUGAGGCCCUGUCUCGCCCGGUCUUUAAGAAGACCCCCGAGGACAGAGAGGUUCACGAGGGGAACACUGUCCGUCUGGACACUCUGGUGUCUGGUCGACCAGUUCCUGAACUCUCGUGGUUCCUCAAUGGACACCCAGUUCACAAUGAUGAUCAUCACAAGAUUGUGGUGAAUGAAGAUGGAGUCAACUCCCUGAUCAUCUUAGGAGCUUCUCGAUAUGACUCUGGUACAUACAAAUGUGUGGCCAAGAACAAGGCUGGAGAAAACACCUUCACUGUCACUCUCAAGGUCAUGGAAAAAGAGCAAAUGCAGCCUCCUAAAUUUGUGGAGAGAAUGCAGAACUUCACUGUGAAUGAAGGUCAACCAGUGACCUUGACUUGCCAGGUUACCGGGGUACCUGUCCCCAUGAUCAGCUGGCAGAAGGAUGGCAAAAUGCUUACCAAUGCUGGUCCAUACCAGAUCCAAACAGAGGGGGGUAGAUCCACCCUCACCAUCCCUGCUGCUCAUGUGUCAGAUGGUGCAUGGUUCCAGUGCUCUGCAGCUAAUGUGGCUGGAACUGCCUCCACACGAGCUAAGCUGAAUGUACAGACCCAGCCAAAGAAAGUGGAACCACCAAAGAAAAAGAUCAGCAUAUCCAAAGCUCCCAGAAAAGUACCUUCUCCACCCACUGUACCUCAGACAGAGCCAUGGGUCUCCAGGACAGAUUCACCACCUCACUAUGAGAUCCAACCAGAAGGUCUGGUUCAGCAGAUCUCGUACUCAACUGAGCGUGAGAGUGGAAUUCUGAGACUAGUGAAGGAGGAGGACAUCUCCAGUUACAAGCCAUAUGGACCAGAAUCCCCAGAGGAUGUGCCUAAGACUCAGGGCACCCCUAGGGUCCCUCCUCCCACCCCUGUCUCAACCUCUGUUGAAUCCUCCCCUAUACCAAAACGAAGAAGACUUGGACAAAGACCUAUUGACCAAGCAACAUCAAAGAAGACGAUCACACCACAAGCACCUGUUGUCCAGCCUGUGCUGGAGCCCACACAGGAACAACCAAUGGAAGUGGAGGAGGAGGUUCUCCCCAAAUCUGUGUCUGAGGCCAAGGCAAGGUUUGAACAAGGGGAAGACAUCCCACAAGCCAGACAGACCAAGCACAAAAAGCCAACAAAGCCAGCACAACUGGCUACUCAGGCUUAUAAACCAGUAGCACCACCACUGGAAAUGAGACCCAAGACUGAGGUGUCCACUUACAAACACACCCCAGCACCCAAGGAGGCUCCUAGACCAGUGGCUCCACCCCAGGAACAGCCUAUGCAUGUUGCUCCUGUGGCAGCCCCUGUAGCAGCCCCUGUGCCUUUACCAUCCAUGGCACCUAAAGUACAAUCCAAGAAGAAAGUGCAGAUAUCCGACAAGACUCGAGUCAAGCCGCCCUCUCCCCCAGGUUACGAUAUUCAGAGUGAGGGAUUUGUGCAGCAGAUCAGCUAUGCGUCCGACACAGAGACUGGAUACCUUCGCUUGGUGUCAGAAGAUGAAAUGGAUACACCAAGACGAGAGCCUCUAGAGAGGGCUACACCUCCAUUUAGACCAGAGGAGGAUGAAAGAGCAUCUCCAGCUCGUAAAGUGCCACCAUCAGUACCCCCAAAGCCUUCAAAAGAGGCUUCUCCCUACCCAACGCAGGCCCCGAGAAUGGCCUCACCCUCUCCAGUGCGUGUGAUUUCACAUGUUUCUGCCCCAGUUUGGCAACCAAGGAGUACAUCUCCAUCACCAGUGAGGCCCCAGAAAGGGGUGUCUCCAUCCCCUGUAAGAAUUAUACCCAAAGUGGCAUCUCCUGCCCCUAUGUGGCAGCAAAGGAGCCCCUCACAGUCACCUGUGAGGCCUCUGAGGGAGAUGUCAGCAUCUCCUUCUCCCAUGAGGUCUGUGUCACCAUCUCCAGUUAGGUUUAUCCCAAGACUGGCCUCACCAGCUCCACUCUCAAUCUGGAGGCCCCCCUCAAGGGCCUCAUCAUCACCUUCACCUGCAAGGUCACUUAAGGGGAUGUCCCCCUCACUGACUAAUUUUGUAUCAAAGGUGGCACCCUCCCCACCACCAGCACCACCUAUGAAAAUAAGGAUGACUACAAAGUCAAAAGUAACCACCAAGAAACAUGUGACCAUUAAACCACCUAGUCCAGUUUUAGAGAAGCAGGAGAUAGAUAUCACUAUAUCAGGCUUUGAGUCGGCCCCUGAAAGUCACUAUGAGAUACGAGAGGUAGGACCUGUACAGGAAAUUCAUUAUGUCUCUGAUACAGAGGCAGCAACACUGAGACUUGUGGGAUAUUCCACUGAAGAUGAACCGGACAGCCGACUAGAACGACCUAUUAGAGAACCAGAGAUUUCUCUUACUCAACAAAUGAAACAUCAGCAAUACAGGUCUGUAAAACCUCCCUCACCAAGGGAGCGCAAGAAGGCCAAAAAACAGAAAACACCUUCACCACCAAAGGAGACAUUUAAACCAGCACCGAUUGCACCAACUUAUGCGCCACAGAUUGUACCUAAAGCAGCUCCAGAGAGGCAGGCUCCACCAACCCUGCCACAGAACAUGAAAGUGAAAGCGCCAGGAGUAUUCAAGCCAAGUAAACCAGAAAGCAAACCUAUACCUCUCUCUAAACCCAGCACUUCUAAAUUGGAUACUACUGUCUUGCCUGAACCAGGUUCAGAUUUUGUCAGUGCUGAGGCCAAAUUCUUUCAGAGGAAACCUGUAGAAAUGGAAAUUGAUGUUCAGGAAUCUAAUCUAAAACCUUCAGAAAUAGCCAGAUAUAAGAAAUUUGGGCCGAAAAAACCUGAAGAUGAGACUGACUUUAGACAACAAGGUUUCGUUGUCUCAGAGAGUCAGUUCAUUCAAGGCCCGUAUGAUAUCCAGGUUGAUCAGAAGACAGUGAGUGGUGUUCAGUUUGUACAACAAACUGUAAGUCAAAUGUCAGCACAACGCUUUACUGAAACUGAAAGAAGGGUGUUCCAAGAUCAACAAUCUGGCAGAGCUGAAGUAGAACAACCUGCAAAACCACAGCCACUUGAGGUUGAUUUGGGAGUGUAUGGUUUAGAGCCAUCUGAACUCACCAAGAAAACCUCAACCCAGGUAUCCAAGCAGUUUCAAACCAAGAUUACAGAUGAAAGGCCACAGAGUCAGCAACCAAGCUUUAUAUCAACUCAGUUUCAGCCAGCUCCAGUCGAUGUAGAUCUUGGGGUAGACCAGUCUGGUCUGGAACCAGCUGGGGUUACUAGAACAACUUACAGUCAAGUAUCUAAAAAAUUUCAGACUGAAGUGGCAGGAAAGGUUUCUCCUUCAGAGAAGCCUGGCUACAGAUCAGUGGAAUUUAAGCCAAUGGUACAGAAGCCUAUUGAUGUUAGUCCAGAAAAGCCUCAACAAAUGACUGUAUCCAAAAUAUCAACAAAAAAUGUUUCAAAAAAGUUUGAAACUGGAAUCAGUGAGAAAGUACCUGCUGCCCAACAGCCUGACUUUGUGUCAGCUGAAGCCAAAUUUUUUCAGAGAGGACCAGGUUCUUUGGAUGUUGAGAUUGAGGAAGAAGCCAAUCUGAAACCAUCAGAGAUUGCCCAGUUGAAGAAACAAAAAACUCUUGCAAAAAGAUAUCCACCUACCGUGCCUCCAAAACCAAAAGUAUCCAAACCAGAGGAUGGUGAGAAACCUCAUGCAAAAGUUGAAUUUUACAAAGCUGUAUCAUCUCCAACCCAUGCUCAAACAUUCCAGGAAACUUUUAAAUUCCUAGAAAAACCUCGUGGAUUUUCUUCUGUAAAACCACCAACGUCCAUACAGAAGACACCACCUGUGGAGAAAACAGUUUAUUUUCCUGAUGAUAAGCUGUCAGUCACAUCUUUGACUUUGGACACAACAUCAAAAGCGCCUGCGCCACCACCACCCAAACCGAAGAAACCAACACAACCCAAGAAAUCAGAGGUUACUCUUCAGAUGAAGCCUCUGAAACCAGAGAUAUCUAAACCAAAGUUAUCACCCAAAAUGAAGAGGGUGGAACACAAGAAGAAAGAACAAAGGGUCACAUUUUCAUCUGAUGAAGGACCCAAAAUAAAGCACAGACCACAAUCUGAUGAAGGACCUAAAAUAAAGUACAGGUCAGAGUCUGACUCAAUCUUCACAGAGUCUGAUUCAGAAGCUCCAAGCUGGGCUUAUGUUGGGCCAAAGAUUCGUAAAAAGAAACCUGGUGAUGCACCCAAGAGGCUGGUGAUUGAUAUAGAGCCCUUGAAAUUACAGUCUGAGUUGGUAGACUCAUGGGAGCCAAUACGAGCCCCUGAGCCUCCUAAACCACAGAUUGUUGACACUGAUUCUGAAGAUGUAACCCAUUGGGCCCCAGAUCACAGCAUUAUCCCUAAAGUAGCCUCUGACAUUGAAAAACGAGAGGAAGAACUCAGGGACCUAUAUCGAGAAUCAGCUGUGCGUGAAUUCAUUCGCAGAGAGGGACAGGCCCCAGCUGAGGAGGACCUUUACCACAAGGACAAGAAACGACCUCCCAAAUUUAGGACACAUAUCAAGAACUUGACCACACUCAAGGAGAACGACUCGGCCCACUUUGAGUGUAAACUGAUGCCGUACGGUGACCCCACCAUGAAAGUGGAAUGGUACAAGGACAACCAGCCCCUGCAUCAUGGUCACCGGUUUAAGCCGAUGUUUGAGUUUGGCUUUGUGACACUGGACAUUUUGUACACCUACCCAGAGGACUCGGGGGUGUAUGAAUGCCGAGCCACCAAUGCUCAUGGUACAGAUGUCACUCAGGCAACCAUUAAAUGUAGAGGCCAGCAGUCUAUCAUUGCCGAAACCCAGCUACCAGGAGAGGGGGCUCUACGUCUCCAGGAAAUGGAAGAAAACUGGAGAAGACCUGCUCAUCUGGAUGAAAGAGAAAUGGAAGAACCUAAAGUGAAAUAUCCACCUUCAAUUGACAUGAAACCAGAACCAGUUGAAGUUGCAGAGGGAGAACCAGCCAAGUUUAUGGUUAAAGUCAGUGGCUACCCACGACCCCGUGUCACUUGGUGGGUCAAUGGAACCAUGAUCAUGACUAGUAGCAGAUUCAAGAUCCGAUAUGAUGGCAUGAUGAACUACAUGGACAUUCCCCGAGUACGGGAAUAUGACAGCGGUCAGAUCAGAGUAGUGGCUAAGAACACAGAGGGUGAAGCAGAGGCCAGCACAGUCCUUAAUGUCCUACCCAAGGAGGACUGGCGCUCACAGCUCAGACAAGCUCCCAAAGGAGAGCUCGAGAUUGAGCUUGAUCGCAAACGCAAGAUCGAACUCAAGAAUGUGGAAUUCAAACGUCCAUUUGAGAUUCCCAAAUCUGCUGAUUAUGAACUCAAACAGAUUGAAAGAGCACAUGAAACAAGAAUCAAGAUGAAACAUGAGAAAGAAAUGUACAUGAAAGCUGACUCCAAAUUCAUGUCUCACCCCAAACCAGAUCAGCCCGCUCGUGUGGUCCGACCAGACAGACCAGAGAUCCAGAUGGAGAUCCAGAAGGCUCGAAUGGUUCCAGUCAUUCCGGAGCAGUCUGUUCCAACCGAGGAAAGCAAUAUCUCAGAGACUCAGAUCGUGCUGGAGAGACGCGAACCACCAGUGUUUAUCAAACCCAUCCGACCUCUCCGUGUCACUGAAGGAACACCAAUCACGAUUGAGGUUCAGUUCAAAGGUUACCCGCCACCCAUCAUCUCCUGGUACAGAGACAACUUUGAGAUCCACCCAUCACAUGAUUUCCAGAUCAAUACGACAGAGUCCACCAGCUCUCUACACAUCCCAGAGGUCUUUCCCGAGGAUACCGGCAUGUUCAUGGUGAAGGCCUACAACAUGUACGGCACCGUCCAGUGUAAGGCCAAGCUGACAGUGGUGGAGGAAGAGGACACUACCGAGAGAGUCAACUCACCGGAGUUCCGCAACCUGAUUCAUGACAUCAACACCGUGAUAGGAGAACCAGCAACAUUCGACUGUCAAGUGAUGGGCCGACCCAAACCUACUGUCCAGUGGAGAAAGGAUGGUAAGCCUCUGGAGGAAUCGCCUCGCUGGAAGUUCAUAGAGGAGGAGGAUAACUACACACUCCUCAUCUACGAGGCCCAGCCCGAGGAUGUUGGCCAGUACGACUGUGUGGCCCUCAACACUGUGGGCAAGGCAACCUGCACGGCCAAGCUCAAUGUAGAAAUCCCAGUGAAGUCACCUGAGCCUAUGGAACCACUUACUGAGAUCCCAGAUGAGGCCCCAACUGUCACCUCAGAACCUCAGAAUCUGAUUGUGGAUGAAGGAGAACCUGCCACAUUCACCUGUAAAAUCAAGGGAUCACCAGCUCCCAUCGUGAGUUGGUACAGAAACAACCAACUGAUCAAGCCUUCCAAGUACUUCAGAAUGGAGUCGUCACCCGAUGGCACUCACAGCCUGAGUAUCCUGGAGGCCUUCCCUGAAGACAGUGGCAACUACCGCUGUGUGGCCCGAAACAAAGCCGGUGAAACCACAUGCGGCUCUCUACUCAAAGUUCAAGGACUUGAAAGUGAUGCUGAAGCUCCCUCUAUCGAGUCAAGAACUCAGCCACCAAGUUUCAACCAGCCCAUCACCAACACACUAGUGGUGGAGGGAAGCACCGCUCAAUUCGAGGCCAGAUUCUCUGGGGUUCCACCACCUGAGAUCACCUGGCUGAGGAAUGGUCUCCAAGUCAUUCACAACUCAAAGAACUACCAGAUUGAGGUGAAUCCAACAUCCACCAUCUUGACCAUCAAACAAGCUUUCCCAGAAGACAGUGGACUCAUCACAUGCAGAAUCAAGAACAUCUCGGGCACCACUGAGUGUUCUGCUGAACUCUAUGUUCAAGAUUCUGAGGAAGCUAGACUUUUGGAAGAGAAAUACAUUACCACAAUUCGGACAAAUCCACCUGAAUUUAUCAAAGCUUUGUCACCCGUCAAAGACAUGAAGCCAGGGGAAGAUGUUCGCCUCGAGGCUCAGGUCUCGGCUUACCCUCCCCCCAAGUACAACUGGUACUUCAGUGGGAAGGAGAUCGUCCCAUCCGACCGUCGAGAGAUCGAUCAGGAUAAGGACACUCUUAUACUGGUCAUCAAACAAGUCCAGCCUGAGGAUGAGGGCGAGUAUACCCUGAGGGUACAGAAUGAGAUGGGCGAGAUUACCUGUCGCACCACUCUCACCAUCCCAGACAAAGAGAAGGUUGUGUCCCUUCCUAUCUCAGACACUAAACAACAAACAAUGACAGUAACACAGACAACGACAACUAUCACCAGAGAGGAACACACUGUAUCUCAACUAGUCAAGCCAGUGUUCAAGGAACCUCUGGAACCCGAGAUCUACGUCAGAGAACGGGGAAUAGCAAGACUUGAAUGUAAACUGGAUGCAUACCCUCCCCCUCUGGUGACCUGGUUCAUCAAUGGCAUGGAAGUCCAUCCUUCUCCUCACUAUGAGGUCCUGUAUGAAGACGGCAAAUCUGUCCUGCUGAUUAUUGAAGUAGGACCAGAAGAUGUUGGAGAAUACACAUGCAGGGCUGUCUCAGAGCUAGGAGAGGUUGUGUCCAGCACCACUCUCUAUGUACAAGAGCCAGCAACUGAACAGAUGCCCCCUGUACCUCAGCGUCCAGAGGACACUGCCUAUGUGCAGCCAUCCCCCUCAACCUCUCUGCAGCCUCCACGCUUUACUGAACCCCUACAGAGCAUCGAGGUUGUAGAUGGAGAAGAACUUAAUGUUCCAUGCAAAGUUGCUGGAAAACCACCACCUCAAAUUUCCUUCUUCCACAAUGGAAAGAACAUCGACCAUGAUGAAGAGUAUGUGAUUACAUACAAUCCAGACACUGGGGAGAUCACACUACUUAUUGUUGAGGUGUUCCCAGAAGAUGAGGGAGAGUAUGUGUGUGUGGCCCAUAACCCAGCUGGAGAGGCCAGCACCAGAAUGUACCUCAGUGUACUUGACUCUGGGGUAGUGGAUGAAGAGGUUUAUGAAGAGACCCCCAUGGAAAUGGAUCAGACAGAAGUGGAGUUCACAAUGCAGCUACCUCAAGAGGGAAUGGAGGUCACAGAGGAAAACCUUGUACCACAGGUAAUUGAGAGGCCAAAGGUUGUACCCUUACAACAAGAAGCUCCAAGAUCUCCAUCUCCUGAAGUAGUGUACAUGACCAGUGGAGUUCCACGGCCUCAGGAGGAACCAAUUGAUGAGAUCCAAGAGGAGGUCCUUGAACAAGAGGUCAAACCCAAGGUCAUUGACAGACCUAAACCUAAACCACUUGUGGAAGAAAAGGUACCAGAGGAAUCCCCAGAAAGAGAAGUCAUCACUCUGGUUCCUGAUACCAGAGCUCCAGCUCCAGAAGACACUCAGCCAGAAAUUAGUGAGGAGUCAGUGGUACCAGAAAUUGUAACAAAGAAAAUCAAGUUACCAGAUGAAAAACCAAUUGAUGAAAGACUUGGCAAACAGGAUUCAGUUCCUGGAGAGGAGCCACCAAAAAAGAAACCAGAUGUGGCAGUCCAGUUUGAAACAGUUCUUGUUCCAGAAACCACAGAAGAAGCACCACCUGAGUUUGUGGAGGCCCUUCAACCACAAAUUCUUCCUGAUGGGGAGGAGGUAACUAUGACUUGCCGUGUUGUAGGAAACCCCUUACCUGUAGUUAGGUGGUACAAAGAUGGACAAGAAGUGAUGCCAAGCACUGACUUUCAAAUCAGCUAUGAUGAGAACACUGGAAUCUCCACACUUAAGAUACCAGAGGUCUUCCCUGAAGAUGCAGGAGAAUAUGCCUGCACAGCAGAGAACAUGUUUGGUGAUGCCACAACAUCAGCCAGUCUUGUUGUGGACACAAUGCCAGAUGAGGAGGUUGAGAGAAGGACACAGACAGACACCUCUAUUACAGAGACUUUCACUCUGACACAGGACGUGACUGACUCCUCAGUGUUGGAAACACAGGAACAGUACAAAACUACACUUGACAUCCCACCUCAAUUUGUCAAACCACUGGAGAAUGAAGUAAAAGCAAAGGAAGGAGGCAGCACCACACUUGAGGUAGUUGUUGCCGGAGAACCACAACCAAAGGUCACAUGGUACAAGAAUGAGGUUCAAAUCGUCCCAGACAACAGGACAAUGAUUGUUCCAGAGAGAAAUAUUACUAAGCUGAUCAUUGAUCAUCUUCGUCCAGAGGAUGAUGCAGAGUACAUUUGUGUAGCGGAAAAUGAAAGAGGAGUGGUCACAUGCAAGACCAAGCUCAAUAUCAUACCGACUAGAAGAGUGGAGUUUGAAAUCCCAGAAGAAAAACCAGAAAGAGUAAGAGACACGACCAUUCCGAAGUAUGCCAUAUCUGAGGAUGAGACUGCUCCCAGUGCCAGUGAAGAUGAGUUGCCAGAGGACAAAAUUGUACCCCCCGAGUUCACUGAGCUACUACAGCCUGUCACCAUCCGUGAUGGAGAGCGUAUUGAACUGAGGGUCAGGUUCCGAGGAUUCCCUGCACCCCGCAUUCGUUGGUAUCAUGAAGGCAAAGAAAUCAUGAACAGCGCAGACUUCCAGAUAACAAUAGAUUUCAGUAGAGGAGAGAGCACACUUGUUAUUGUAGAGGUGUUCCCAGAAGACCAGGGUGAAUACACAUGUACAGCAAAGAACAAGUAUGGAGAAACCAUUACCACCUGCAGACUUAAUGUUGUGUCAUCCCUGGAAGAUAUCCCCACAAAAGAAUUCACAAGAACACACAUUGAAGUCCAAAAAAUGACUCAGCCUGAACCUAUACAUGAAAUUCAUAGAUCACACAUGAAAAUUGAGGAAAUUCCAGAUGAGGAGAUACCAGAAAUCACUGAAACAACUAAAUAUAGUGAGAUGAUUGAGGUAGACCAUAAACCAAAGGUCUCUCAACCAUUUGAAAUUAUCCCGAUUCAACAGGAGAAAGAGCCACAAGGCCCAGUGCAAGUAGAGAUCCAACUUGGAGUUCCACGAACCAUUGCUCCCACCUCUACUUCCGCGGUCACUGAGACCACUACAUAUACACAGGUCAUCUCUGAUCUUAAGAAAGAGCCUGAGGUGUAUCCUGAAAUCAAGGAGGGAGAUGGAAUACACAAAACUACUGUAAUCAUGAAGAAAGAGGAAGCCUAUGGACCUAUGGAGUUCAAAUUAAAAUUGCCAGAACAGGAUACAUCUGAGGUACUUACCACCAGCCACCAGCUUGUUACUGAGGAACGUAAAGUGACAGAGUUAAGAGAAUCCCCUACAGAGAGACACACUGAGACCAUAGAAAUCAUUCAAGAUGAAGGUCCCCAGGAGGUAGAAUUUCAUGUUGUUUUGCCAACACAGGAAACAACCAAAACUGAAACUUUAAAAACAACAGUGGAAGAGAGACGACAAUCUGUUCAAAAAAUGGAAGUAGAAAUCAAAGAGACUUUCAUGAAACAGAAACCAAAGCAGACCGAAUAUGUCAUUCCUUUGCAGGAACAGUCUGUUGAUGACUUAGAAAUGAGAGAUCUGCCACGGCCAGCUGAAGAACAGAUUGAAGAGGUCAGACCUACUAUUGAAAAGGUUGACAAGGAGGAAAAGGUCCCAUCUGAAGUGUCAGAGUCUGAAGUUGUUGAGGAAACUCCAGUAAAAGAGACUGAAUAUAAAACGGAUGAAACAGAUGCGUCUUUUACCAUGGUUAUUGAUGACGCACAGGUCUCAGAGACUUCUCAACCUGAAGAUAGUAAGACAGAAGAAAUAUCUGUUGAUUAUACUCCUCAGGUUACUGAUGAAACAGAAAUGACAUUCACAUUUCAAACUGAUACAGCUAUGAGUGACGAUGUAUCAGAAUAUCCAACAGAAAGGACUGUAAAGAUUCUAGAAUCUGAAACACAAGCACCAGAUGAUGAAAUUCAUAUUUCAGAACGAGGCACAAUAGAAAUUGUAAAAGAGCCAGAGGAAGAAGAAGGUAUUGAAAUUGAUAUUGAUAUAUCUGAUAGAAUACCAGAAGUAAGUGAAGUGAAAUCUGUUGAAAAAGUUACAGAAACUGUAACUGAAGAAACUAGCAUUCAACUACCAGAAUCUCAGGAAACCUUCAAAGAUGAAGUCACACUUGAUCUCCAAGGAAAACCAAUGGAAGAAAUGCAAAUAAAUAUUCAGUUUCAACAACCAGAUAAACAACUGCCGAUUCAGCAAGAGAUAACUGAUGUUGAAUCAAUUAAAACUACUGAAAAAGAAACAGUGGUUUUACCAGAAAUAUCAGAAAUGCAUCCUAAAGAGGUCGUUGUGGAAUCAAAAGAAAAACCACAAGAGGAUACUUCAGUUACUAUUCAGUUGAAUGAAAGAAUGAUCACAGAAACCUCAGAUCAAAAGACACAAGAGACUGUUGAGUCUGUUGAAGAAUCUUUUACUUUUGAAGUUCCUCAAACUGAAGAAACACACAUUGAGAAAGUGACUUAUGAAACUGAAGAAAAGCCAUCUGAAGCUGUAGAAUUGACUAUUCAGGUACCAGAUCAUGAAACAGUACCUGAAACAGAAACAACUAUGUACUCUGAACAGGUCACUAAAGAGACAAAAGAAGUUAUAGAAGUACCUGAAACUGAACAAAUAGAAACUGAGGAGAUCGUCAUAGAUGUUCACCCCAGACCACCAGAGUCUGUAGAAAUGACAAUUCAGAUAGACUCAGAGCAAACAGCACCAACAACAUCAGAGACAACAUUCACAGAACAAAUCUCAAAAACUGUUGAAGAGGAAGUUACUCUUCCAGAGGUUUCAGAUACAUACAAAGAUGAAGUCACAUUGCAGAUUACCCAGGAACAGCCAAGUCAACCACAGGAAGUUACUUUUCAGCUCAGUACAGAAAUAUCUGCCCCUGAACAAGAGGAUACAUCUCUAACAGAAAAAAUAACAAAAAUAGAACAGGAAGACUUGGAAAUUCCAGAUGUGUCUGACACUUAUACAGAUCAAGUUUCAUUUGAAAUCAAAAGUCAACCCACUGAAUCCUCUGAAAUGACAAUAAAACUUGAAACUGACAAUGAAUCUCAAAUACAAGAGAAAGCACUUGAGCUUCCCGUCAGUAUUGAUACAUCAAGAGAUGAAUUUACCAUUGCAGUUGAAAAUCAACCACAGGAAGGGGCUGAGUAUUCCUUUGAACUUCAAGAAAGACAAGUACCAGAAAUGACACAGACUUUCAUGCUUGAUCAACGUGAUGAAGUAGACUCUAGGGAUCAGGCAGUACCAGAUUCAGUUCAAUCUGAGGAAAUCACAUUCCAAAUUGGUGAACAGCCAUCAGAAGAACUUGAAAUGACUUUUCAGAUUGGACAAGACGAACAGUAUAGCACUCCAGAUGAUAGUUCAACUACCACUGUGGAGACAAUUAAAGAAUCCUUUACAUUUCAAGUUCCAGAAUCUGAAACAACACACAUGGAAGAAAUGUCAUAUGAGCUACCUGAGCAAAAGGAAGUAGAGGGAAGUAUUGGAGAAAUGGGAACAGAGUUAAGAACAGAAACGAUAUCUGAUUCUUUCACAUUUCAAGUUCCUGAAUCUGAAGAACAGCAGACUGAAGAAAUCACAUUUCAGUUGACAGAGGAACCACUGGAGGAAGCAGGAGUAUUAAAUGAAACGAACAAUACAACAGAUGUUGAAAAUAUCAUGGAAUCUUUUACUUUCAAGGUUCCUGAAACAGAAAUGGAAACACCUGAACUAAAGGUACAACCAUCUCAAGAUGCUGAAAUGACAAUUGAAAUACAUGCAGAAGAGGCACCUCCAAUGGAUGUUGAGACAAAAGAAACCACCAGCUCUAGAACAGAAACGGUCACAGAGGAAAUAUUUUUUGAUGCACCAGAAACUCAGAUGGAAGAGGUUACUCUUGAAAUACAAGAACAACCACAAAAGGAAGUCAAAUUGACUUUGAAAAUGCCUGAGAGUGACAAAAAGAUAAUAGUGACUGAGGAACAAAGUACUCUUAAAGAAAGUUUGACAACAAGGGAAAUAUUUGAUGUAGAAAUUCCAGAGGGACACAGUGCACCUAUGUUUACAUGGGGUCUUACAUCUCUGAAGGUCAUGGAUGGAGAGGAGGCUAAGUUUAGGUGUGAGGUCACAGGCGAGCCAAUGCCAGAAAUAUCUUGGUAUCACGAUGACAAACAGCUAGCAGAGACUCAAGAUUUUAAACUAACUUAUGACCUAGAAAGUGGAGCUUGUACUUUGUUAAUUGUUGAAGUAUUUCCUCAGGAUGCUGGGGAAUAUCGAUGUGAGGCAUUAAAUCCUUAUGGAAAGGCAAUAACAAGAGGAUUUUUGGAGGUAGAAGCUUAUGAGUAUGUCCCAGAUACAGAGGAAGCUUCCGACUCUGUGAUGUCAUCAGUGGACACUGCCUCACCGAGACCUCUCACCGAGUCCGACUCAGAAAUGUCAACAUUGCCAAAGGAAAUUCUGGAGGAAAUGAGAAAAAUGCAACAAAACAUGGAAAUAGAUAUUGAUGAGGAGGAUGCAGGAGAGCUUACUCCAACUGAAACUGAAUUUGUCCAGUCCUCUGAAAUUGAAAGGAAUCUUCAAAAACCUGAGAUUCUUUCUACUGAAUUUGAAUCUAAACCAACCACAGAAGCUUUACUGGAAACGAAAACAACCGAAAUUCCAGAUGUUGCAAAGAAAUCUCUAUCCUCAAGUGAUAUUCCUGAGGAUAACAUUAAGUCUCAAAUAUCUGAAGCUGAGCAAUCCCUAGCCUUGCAGUCUGAUUUGCAAGUUGAUAAAAGUGAACUGUCAGAAAUUGUUUGCAAGGCACCUGAGAAAACAGAUGAGAAAACUGUUGAACAUGAAAAGGUAACACUAGCAGAAGAAACACCUGUUGAAAGUACAACAGAUUUGCAAAUUUCUGAAAGUCAGGCAGCUGAAAUCCAGAAACUCCCAGAUGAUGAAGCUGACAAAGCUGUUGUUGAAGACAUUGAGUUACAACAAUCAGUAUUUGAUCAAAAACUACCCUCAGUAUCCAAAACAGAAGAAAUGUCAGAUAAAACAUCUUUAUUAAUGACAUCUGAGGUUGAAUUACCAAUUGAACAAACUACAAAGCCAGUUGAAAUAUCCUCUGAACUAAUAAUAUCAGGGAAAGAAAUCCAGACUAUGAAAACUGAUGAAGUCAUGGAAAUAAGUGAAAAACCUGAAGUGUCAGAAAUUGAUAUCCCAGAAAGCAAGGAAACAGUUGUAACUGAAGUACAUGUUGAAACUGAACAGAUUUCUAAAGAAUCUACAGAAUACGAGGCUAAACCUACAUCAGAAGAUGUAACUGAAACACCCAUUGAAGAGGUACCCUCAGUUGCACCAGAACAGACAAUAGAUUCAGAAGUCCCGAUUGAAUUACAAACAACUGGGAAAGAUAUUACAACUGUACAGACAGAUGAAAUCAUUGAACAGGAAGGAAAACUAGAAGUGUCUGAAAUUGAAAUACCAGAUACCAAGCAAACAGCUGUAUCAGAGGUUCAACCUGAGAUGGAACAGAUUCUAAAAGGAUCAACAGAAACACAGGCAAAACCUAUUGUGGAAGAUAUUUCUGAAUUAACUAUUGAAGAAGUUGCCCCUGUAUCACAACAACAAACUAAAGAUACUGAGGUUCCUGUGGAAUUGCAAAUAACUGGAACAGUGGGAAUACCUGUUAAGACUGAUGAAAUCAAGGAGAGAGAAGAAUUACUUGAAGUUUCAGAAAUUAAAUCUCCAGAAAGAAAAGACACCUCUGUAACUGAAGUACAGUCUAAAACUGAAGAGCUUACAAAAGAAACUACAGAAUCCCAGACUAAGCCUAUUACUGAUGACGUUUCUGAUUUGACUAUUGAAGAAGUAGCGCCAAUUAUAACUGAUCAAACUGAGGGCACUGAUACCCAAUUUCAACUCGAGACUGUAAGAAAAGACAUUCUUCCAUUCACAACUACUGAGAUUUCUGAAAAAGAAAUUAAACCUGAAGUUUCAGAGCUUGAAAUUCCGGAAAAGAAGGAGCUGGCUAGUACUGAGAUGGAAUUUGAUCUUAGCAUAGCUGAAAAGAAAGAAGUAUCCACCUAUAGAAAACCAACUGAUACAACUAAAGAGGAAAUUACUAUUACAGUCACUCCUGUUGAAGGACAAGAAACACCGAUUUUUGUGUCCUCAACAGAACAUGAAGCACCAAGAUUUUUGCUGCCUUUGACAGAUGUGACUGUCAUGGAAAACACAACACUGAGAUUGGAAGUGACAUUCACAGGAUCUGCAGAAAUAAUUGUUAAAUGGUACCUAGAUGGAGAGGAGAUUGUCCCAUCAGAUGACAUCAAUAUUAUUGUUGAACACAAUAGAAGUGUCCUAGUUAUUCAUCAGGUCUUUCCAGAGGAUGAGGGUGAAUAUUGGGUCGAAUGCAUAAAUAAGGAAGGGAAAACUAAGUCUACAGCAUACCUGACUGUUCUUCCAUUGAGUGCACCAUCAAGUGCUGUUCCCUCUGAUGAUGAAUCUGCUAGAGAAGCUUACCCAGUAAAAGAUUUGGAGAAAGAAAUCCCAGCACCAAGAGAUGAGAAGAAAGUGACAUUCAGGGAAACAGUUGAAGUCUGUGAAACUUGCAUGGAUGAAUACUCCACAACUGAAGAAGAAUCUCAAGUAGAGGAAAUUUCAUCAGGAGAGGAACCUUUCCCUGAAGAAGAGGAUUGGUAUAAAGAAAUGUCUUCUGAGAUUAAAUCACAACAAGAAGUAAUUCAUGAAGAAAUUCCUCAUGAGAAGAACAAAGAAACAUCAAAUGUAGAAGUUUCUGCUCCAGAAGAAGAAAUCAUUACAGAGGAAAGAGAAACAAUUGACAAAAAACCACAAGAGAUAAGUUCUGUUGACACCAUUGAUAUGGCAAAAGAGGAAACAGAGGAAAAGACAUUGGACUCAUCAACAGACACCAAAUCUGCAGAUAUUGUCUUUGCUGAAACAAUGGAGAUUUUACCAAAGGAAGAUGAAUCAGAAAGAAACACAAAAAGUAUUGUAAUCCAGCCUGAAUCAAGUCCAGUGUCCUUAGAUAUUGACAUUUCAAUUCCCAAAGAUGAAACAGAAGUUUCAAAACUUGGAACAACUGUAGUACAAGAGGUUGUUGACACAGAAGAAAUAAUAGAGGAACAAGAAGACCAAGAGGAAGAUGUACCAUCAACAGAGACUUUCAAACAGACAGUAGAAAUACUGCCUGAGAGUCAUCCUGUUGACGAUGUUACUCAAGAAACAGCCUUAGUAAUUCCUCUUGAGAAAACUGAGGAAGAAACAUCAAAUGUUGAGGUUCCUGCUCCAGAAAAAGAAAUCAUUACAGAGAAAAGAGAAACAAUUGACAAAAAACCACAAGAGAUAAGUUCUGUUGACACCAUUAAUAGUGCAAAAGAGGAAACAGAGGAAAAGACAUUAGAAACAUCAACAGACACCAAAUCUGCAGAUGUUGUCUUUGCUGAAACAAUGGAGAUUUUACCAAAGGAAGAUGAAUCUUUAACUACAGAAACAACUACAAAAAGUAUUGAUAUCCUACCUGAAUCAAGUCCAGUGUCCUUAGAUAUUGACAUUUCAAUCCCCAAAAGUGAAACAGAGGUUUCAAGACUUGAAACAACUGUAGUAGAAGAGGUUGUUCACACAGAAGAAAUAAUAGAGGAACAAGAAGACCAAGAGGAAGAUGUACCAUCAACAGAGACUUUCAAACAGACAGUAGAAAUACUGCCUGAGUGUCGUACUGUUGACGAUGUUACUCAAGAAACAGCCUUAGAAAUUCCUCUUGAGAAAACUGAGGAAGAAACAUCAAAUGUUGAGGUUCCUGCUCCAGAAGAGGAAAUCAUUAUAGAGAAAAGAGAAACAAUUGACAAAAAACCACAAGAGAUAAGUUCUGUUGACACCAUUGCUAUGGCAGAAGAGGGAACAAAGGAAAAGACAUUGGACUCAUCAACAGACACCAAAUCUGCAGAUGUUGUCUUUGCUGAAACAAUGGAGAUUUUACCAAAGGAAGAUGAAUCUUUAACUACAGAAACAACUACAAAAAGUAUUGAUAUCCUACCUGAAUCAAGUCCAGUGUCCUUAGAUAUUGACAUUUCAAUCCCCAAAAGUGAAACAGAGGUUUCAAGACUUGAAACAACUGUAGUAGAAGAGGUUGUUCACACAGAAGAAAUAAUAGAGGAACAAGAAGACCAAGAGGAAGAUGUACCAUCAACAGAGACUUUCAAACAGACAGUAGAAAUACUGCCUGAGUGUCGUACUGUUGACGAUGUUACUCAAGAAACAGCCUUAGAAAUUCCUCUUGAGAAAACUGAGGAAGAAACAUCAAAUGUUGAGGUUCCUGCUCCAGAAGAGGAAAUCAUUAUAGAGAAAAGAGAAACAAUUGACAAAAAACCACAAGAGAUAAGUUCUGUUGACACCAUUGCUAUGGCAGAAGAGGGAACAAAGGAAAAGACAUUGGACUCAUCAACAGACACCAAAUCUGCAGAUGUUGUCUUUGCUGAAACAAUGGAGAUUUUACCAAAGGAAGAUGAAUCUUUAACUACAGAAACAACCACAAAAAGUAUUGUAAUCCAGCCUGAAUCAAGUCCAGUGUCCUUAGAUAUUGACAUUUCAAUUCCCAAAAAUGAAACAGAAGUUUCAAGACUUGAAACAACUGUAGUAGAAGAGGUUGUUGAUACAGAAGAAAUAAUAGAGGAACAAGUAGACAAAGAGGAAGAUGUACCAUCAACAGAGACUUUCAAACAGACAGUAGAAAUACUGCCUGAGAGUCAUUCUGUUGAUGAUAUUACUCAAGAAAUUCCUCUUGAGAAAACUGAGGAAGAAACAUCAAAUGUUGAGGUUCCUGCUCCAGAAGAAGAAAUCAUUACAGAGGAAAGAGAAACAAUUGACAAAAAACCACAAGAGAUAAGUUCUGUUGACACCAUUACUAUCACAAAAGAGGGAACAGAGGAAAAGACAUUGGACUCAUCAACAAACACCAAAUCUGCAGAUGUUGUCUUUGCUGAAACAAUGGAGAUUUUACCAAAGGAAGAUGAAUCUUUAACUACAGAAACAACUACAAAAAGUAUUGAUAUCCUACCUGAAUCAAGUCCAGUGUCCCUAGAUAUUGACAUUUCAAUUCCCAAAAGUGAAACAGAAGUUUCAAGACUUGAAACAACUGUAGUAGAAGAGGUUGUUGACACAGAAGAAAUAAUAGAGGAACAAGAAGACCAAGAGGAAGAUGUACCAUCAACAGAGACUUUCAAACAGACAGUAGAAAUACUGCCUGAGAGUCAUUCUGUUGACGAUGUUACCCAAGAAACAGCCUUAGAAAUUUCUCUUGAGAAAACUGAGGAAGAAACAUCAAAUGUUGAGGUUCCUGCUCCAGAAAAAGAAAUCAUUACAGAGGAAAGAGAAACGAUUGACAAAAAACCACAAGAGAUAAGUUCUGUUGACACCUCUGAUAUAGCAAAAGAGGGAACAGAGGAAAAGACAUUGGACUCAUCAACAGACACCAAAUCUGCAGAUGUUGAUUUUGCUGAAACAAUGGAGAUUUUACCAAAGGAAGAUGAAUCUUUAACUACAGAAACAGCCACAAAAAGUAUUGAUAUCCAGCCUGAAUCAAGUCCAGUGUCCUUAGAUAUUGACAUUGCAAUUCCCAAAAAUGAAACAGAAGUUUCAAGACUUGAAACAACUGUAGUACAAGAGGUUGUUGACACAGAAGAAAUAAUAGAGGACCAGGUAGACAAAGAGGAAGAUGUACCAUCAACAGAGACUUUCAAACAGACAGUAGAAAUACUGCCUGAGAGUCAUCCUGUUGACGAUGUUACUCAAAAAACAGCCUUAGUAAUUUCUCUUGAGAAAACUGAGGAAGAAACAUCAAAUGUUGAGGUUCCUGCUCCAGAAGAAGAAAUCAUUAUAGAGGAAAGAGAAACAAUUGACAAAAAACCACAAGAGAUAAGUUCUGUUGACACCAUUACUAUCACAAAAGAGGGAACAGAGGAAAAGACAUUAGACUCAUCAACAAACACCAAAUCUGCAGAUGUUGUCUUUGCUGAAACAAUGGAGAUUUUACCAAAGGAAGAUGAAUCUUUAACUACAGAAACAACUACAAAAAGUAUUGAUAUCCUACCUGAAUCAAGUCCAGUGUCCUUAGAUAUUGACAUUUCAAUCCCCAAAAGUGAAACAGAAGUUUCAAGACAUGAAACAACUGUUGUACAAGAGGUUGUUGACACAGAAGAAAUAAUAGAGGACCAGGUAGACAAAGAGGAAGAUGUACCAUCAACAGAGACUUUCAAACAGGCAGUAGAAAUACUGCCUGAGAGUCAUCCUGUUGACGAUGUUACUCAAGAAACAGCCUUAGUAAUUCCUCUUGAGAAAACUGAGGAAGAAACAUCAAAUGUUGAGAUUCCUGCUCCAGAAGAAGAAAUCAUUACAGAGGAAAGAGAAACAAUUGACAAAAAACCACAAGAGAUAAGUUCUGUUGACACCAUUGAUAUAGCAAAAGAGGGAACAGAGGAAAAGACAUUGGACUCAUCAACAGACACCAAAUCUGCAGAUGUUGUCUUUGCUGAAACAAUGAAGAUUUUACCAAAGGAAGAUGAAUCUUUAACUACAGAAACAACUAAAAAAAGUAUUGAUAUCCUACCUGAAUCAAGUCCAGUGUCCCUAGAUAUUGACAUUUCAAUCCCCAAAAGUGAAACAGAGGUUUCAAGACUUGAAACAACUGUAGUACAAGAGGUUGUUGACACAGAAGAAAUAAUAGAGGAACAAGUAGACCAAGAGGAAGAUGUACCAUCAACAGAGACUUUCAAACAGACAGUAGAAAUACUGCCUGAGAGUCAUCCUGUUGACGAUGUUACUCAAGAAACAGCCUUAGAAAUUCCUCUUGAGAAAACUGAGGAAGAAACAUCAAAUGUUGAGGUUCCUGCUUUAGAUGUUGUCUAUGCUGAAACAAUGGAGAUUUUACCAAAGGAAGAUGAAUCUUUAAAAACAAAAACAACCACAAAAAGUAUUGAUAUCCUACCUGAAUCAAGUCAGGUGUCCCUAGAUAUUGACAUUUCAAUUCCCAAAAGUGAAACAGAGGUUUCAAGACUUGAAACAACUGUAGUACAAGAGGUUGUUGACACAGAAGAAAUAAUAGAGGAACAAGUAGACCAAGAGGAAGAUGUACCAUCAACAGAGACUUUCAAACAGACAGUAGAAAUACUGCCUGAGAGUCAUACUGUUGACGAUGUUACUCAAGAAACAGCCUUAGAAAUUCCUCUUGAGAAAACUGAGGAAGAAACAUCAAAUGUUGAGGUUCCUGCUCCAGAAGAAGAAAUCAUUACAGAGGAAAGAGAAACAAUUGACAAAAAACCACAAGAGAUAAGUUCUGUUGACACCAUUACUAUCACAAAAGAGGGAACAGAGGAAAAGACAUUGGACUCAUCAACAGACACCAAAUCUGCAGAUGUUGUCUUUGCUGAAACAAUGGAGAUUUUACCAAAGGAAGAUGAAUCUUUAACUACAGAAACAACCACAAAAGAUAUUGUAAUCCAGCCUGAAACAAGUCAAGUGUCUUUAGAUAUUGACAUUUCAAUUCCCAAAGAUGAAACAGAAGUUUCAAGACUUGAAACAACUGUAGUGCAAGAGGUUGUUGACACAGAAGAAAUAAUAGAGGAACAAGAAGACCAAGAGGAAGAUGUACCAUCAACAGAGACUUACAAAGAGACUGUUGAAAUAUUGCCUGAAAAACCAUCAAUAGAAACAUCAGUUGAUGAUAUUCUUCAAAUUACUCUAGAAAAGGCAGAAACUACUGAAAAAGAAAUUGAAGCUCCUUUAGUUGUGGAGGUAAUUGAAGAAAGACAGCAAAUUAAAGAGACUAGUAUUUCUGACCAGAAUUUGUUUGUUUCAGAAAUGUUUGCUCCAAAUGAGGAGUUAAUUUCAGAAGAAAAAGAGGCAGUUCAAGAAAUACCAGAAAAAGUUUGUACACAUAUUGAAGUUUCACAAGUUGCAAUUCAACCCUCUGAUGAAGGAUUUGAAACAGUUGAACGAUUAACAGAAAUAGAUUCUAACAAACCUGAUAUCAAAAUUCUACCAGAGAACAAAGAAGAACUUUCCACCACUGAAAAACUUAUUUUUGACACAAAAGAAAGUACAACUGAACUAGAGGAAGAAAACAUUAAAGAUAUUGAGUUGGAUAUUGAAGUUCAAGCUCCUAUGCAAGAUGUCAAUGAACAAACAUAUGAAACACUUGCAUUGAAUGAGAAGAAAAAGACGUUUACAAAUGAAGAAAUAUUUGAUGAAAUUUCUGCUGGAGAAAUAAAACCAGCACUUGAAGAUAGUCUUGAAAUUUCAUCUGUAGAUAACAUUCCCUCAGGAGAGGUCUCUUACAAGUCACCCACUUUGAAUAGUGAUGAACAGCUGCUGUUAGCUGAAACACCUGAAGAUAUGAAAUUUAGUUCUGAAGAAACAACAGCCAUUUCAUAUGAACAACAAGAAUCAAUAAUGCCAGUUUCAGUAAAAGAAAAACAGGAGUCUAUUACAUCAGAACACUUUGUAGAAAAACCUAUUGAAGAAGGUGUUAAAGAGGUGAAGGAAGAAAUCAAAGAUGUCGUUAGAGAAGACAAAGCUCCCGUCCCAUCUGAUAAGGUACUUGUUUCACAGCAAAAAGAAAGUGUUUCUUAUCCAAAUGAGACUGAAGUGUCCGAGCUUGAAGUAGAAGACAUUACUCAAAUCUUACCCAAAGAAUCUAAAGCUGAGGUCAUGCCUGAUGUUAAAAGUGUAGCAUCAAUUGGUAAACAGGAAAUGGAAAUCACAGAGCUAGUUUUGAAAAGUAGAGAGGAAACUUAUGAAGAGGAGUCAUGGGAAGUUGAAGAAGAGAAAGUAGAAGAACUUGUAGAAACUAAUCCAGAAGAGCAAAUAGUAAUGAAUGCUGAAACUUCCACUCAAACUAUUGAGUCUAAAAUCGAUAUCAUGGAAUCAGUUGAUACUCUUGACAGUAUUACAAUCCAGACAUUUGCUGAAAAUUUUUCAAAAGAUGUCAUCAAAACUGUAUUGAUGCAAGAAACUGAAAUAUCAAAAAUAACAUCUGAAGAAGCCCCACAAGAUGUACUGGAAUCUGAUGUUCAAGAAAGCAAACCCACACAUGUUUCUGGAAGCAGUGUGAUUCCUGAAAAUCUGGCUGAAGUUUUACCUCAAUAUGAUGAGGAGACAACAGUGGUAUCCACAGUUCAACAGAACAUUGAAACCCCGCUUUUUGAAGAAAAUCUCCCAUUUGAUUCUGUUCAAAAUAAGGAAGAAAGUGGUGAAGUAAAAAUGGCAGAACAAUUAACAGAUGCUACCGAAGCCACUGAAAUGCCAAUUUCAGAAAUAAGCUUACCAUGUGAUUCAGUGGAUGUGAUCAAGGAAAUCAAACAAGAAGACAUUGCACCAAGUAAUGAAAUAAAGAUCUCUGAAGAAAAUGUCACAGCAGAUGACAAGAAAGAAAUGCAGUCUGUUCCAAUUAAGAAUGAAGAAACACUUGAAACGGUAGAAAUCACUGAUGCAGAGACAGAAAUUACAGCAAUUGCUGACAAGGUGGAACAAAAACUUGUAACUCCAGUUUUAGAAAUAACUGCUGACUUAGACACAUAUGAAAUGAUAGAAGAAGAACAUUUGACUGCUCAAGAAUCAUUUGUUGGGACACAUGAAGAUGAAAAAACAUCAGAAAGUAGCAAAGAUGAGUCACAUGUCAAAUCCAUGCAAAUCACACCUGAUUCACUUAUGCCUGAAGAUUUAGGAAAAGAAACUACCUCAACUGCAAAUGUAGAAAUUGUCAAACCUAUGCAAGAAAUACCAGUUUCAGAGCUUAACAUUCCCUGUGACAUAGUUGACGAAGUAACUGAAGACCAAAUUUCUACUAUUGCAGAAGAAAUGGAAGUGAAUGAUGUUAAAGAAAAACAUGUCAAAGAGAUUCCAAUAGAAACAGAAGCUAUCAUAUCAGAAGAUGAAGUUUCAGAGAAAUUUGAUCAUUCAGGUUUGUUAGAAAUUGAAAUGGCAGAAAAACAAACAACUGAAGAGAUGGUACAAAAACAUAACCUAGAAACAGUGGCAGAAGACAAAGAAAAAACUACCGAAAGCAAUUUAGCCGAAGACUUUGAAAAUCUUGAGGAUGCUAAAGCUAUUGAUGCUUCUCUUAUCACAACAGCUACCUCAACAUUACAGGACACAUCUCUUGAAACUACUGAGGCUGAAAUGAGAGUUUCAUUUGACACUUUAGAAACAAAACCAGAGGAACCAACAGAGAUUGCUGAUGAACUUCUACAAAAAACAAUUGAAGAAAACACAGCUGAUUUUGAUAAGCAACAAAGCUUUGUACAACAUAGUGAAGAAACUAUUGAAUCAACAGAACUGAGUACUUUGAAAGGUGAGACAUACUCAAAAACAGAUCAAAAUAUGAUUGAAAAGCAUGCAGAGACAACUGUUUCUGAAGUGAUUGUUUCAUGUGAGACAGUUGGUGAAAUUGAAUCUAAACAUGACGCAAUUAAACCUGAGGAGAGAACAGAACAGGAGAUCCAAGAAAGGCCUUUGCAAGAAAUACAGGAGAAAUCGAAAGUCAUAACAAUAAAAGAAUCAGCAGAAGAAACAAUUUCAGGAGACAUAGAAGAAAGAAUUGCAUCUGUGGCAACAUUGCAACAAGAAAAACACAAUUUAGAUACUCCAAUUACAGAAUUGAGUGUUUCUCUUGAAUCAACAGAUAGUAUUGCUACAGAAGAGUGUAAUGAAGUUGCCAAGGAAGCAGAAGAAAAAGAAGUUAAAGAACGUGUUUUGGAAAACAAAAAAGAGGAAUUCCAAGCUCCUACAGAUGAAGAAAUUAUUACACUUGAAGACUCUGAAAAGAUUGACGAAAAACUUUCAUCCCAAGUUGAAGCUGAUGUGACAUUACCUAGCAUUAAAUUGCCUGUUUCUGAUUCUUCUCUUGAAACAGUAGAAAUGUUGCAAGAAAGAGAGGCAACAUUUACAUCAGAAGAAAAAAUAGUUGAGUCUGUUCAAUCUAAGAUCAAGAAAACAAGUGAGGAAGAAGCUAAAGUAAUUCCAAUGAAAGAAAACCUUUACCUAGAUGACAGCAAACCUAUUAUUGAAGAGGAAUCUAUUUCUGAAUUGGCUGUUGAUACUAUUAAGUCCAGUGUUGAUGCAUCCAUAAAUGAAGUAACAGUACCUUGUGACACCACAGAGAUAAAAGAGGAGGAAACUUCUCUAACAGCAAAAGAAGACACUGAAAAAGUGGUUACAGAAAAACCAUCAGAGGAGGCUUCAAAAGAGAGUCGUACCAUUGAUGUUGAAGAGGUAGUUCCUGAAAGUGAUAUAGAAACUGUUUUAGAAAGUGUUAAAGAACACACAAAUACUGAAACUGAAAAACUAAGCCAGGAAAUGCCAGUGUCUGAAGUUGCUGUACCAUACGAUACAUUAUCAAAAGCAACAGAUGAACAAAUAAGUGAAGCCCAGAUGACAAUCACAGCAGAUGAAUUGGAUGAAACCACUGAUAUCACUAGAAAGGAAUCUUUGGUAAUCCCAUCAGAAGAAAAAUUGGAAAUGGAAGAUUCUCAAAUGCUGAUUCAAACUCCUGUUGACAAACUAAUUGGUGAAACAAUGAAACCAGAACUUGAAACGUCAGUUUCUGAGGUUAAUGUUCCAUUCGAUUUGUUGGACACUGAUAAGGAGAGACAGGAAGGCAAAGUUCUUGAAGAAAUCGAAGAUAAGGUUUCAGAAAAUGUGAUUGCAAGUAAGGGGAAGGAAUCAUUUGUUUCUACUACUCAGGAAAAAUUGGAACUUGUUGAAUCUGAGCUUAUUGAUGAAGAGAAACCUUCUUGUGCAGAAGAUGCCAUGGAAAAAAGAGAGUUAGAAAUUGCUAUAUCUAAAGAAACAGUUCCUUGUGACAUAACUAUUGAGGAAGAACAAGAAAGUCCAGUUUCUGUUGUGGAAUCUUCUGUUAAAGAUACUACUGUAGAACAGACAGUUGAGGCUCCAGCAGAAAGUAAGUCCAUUGCAGAGGAAUUAACAAAAGACCUUGCUGAAUUGGAACUCAUUGUCAGCGAGAUGUCUGAAGCAAAGGAGCAGAAAGCAGAUGAUUCAUCUGUCACUCCAAUUUUAAAAGAAUCUGUAGAAAGUGAAGUAAGCACACAUGAAGAAACGAUUUCUGAAGAUGUCACUGCUCCUCUUGAUGAGUACAAGGAUGAAGAAAUAAUUGAAAAACAAGAACAAGAAACAAAAGAAAAGAUUGAAGUUGUACCACAAGUUCCAUCAAAGUCUGAUUUUGAAGAGGAGGUUCUGUCAGAUGAGAUUCUAGAAAAAUCUGAUAUGAAUGAAAUUAAGAAACUAGCAGAAAACUUUGUUGAACAAAUUUUCCUUGAUGCAGUGAAAGAACUCAAUCAACCCACGGAAGUUUCUGAAGGAACUCUCCAAGACUUGCCACAGGAUUUGCAGGAAACAACUUCAGAGGCUCCAACAAUUGUGUCUGAAAUAACAGAGGAUGAAAAGACAAUUGAAAGUAAACAACUAAAACUGGUUGAAAAGGAAGAGAUAUUUGAGCAAGAAGUGCCAGAUGAAGAACAAACUAAAACUGUAGAUGUUAUCAAUGAAGAAACAGCUAGAGAAUCACCAGAAAUUGACUCACAGAAACCAGUGGAUGAAGUAUCUGAAAUUAACCUUGAAGUUGAUGUCACUGAUAAGAAAUUCAUUCAAACUGUUGAAGGUCCUUUGCCAAGAUUUAUAAGCAAGCUUGAAGAUGUGACUGUAAAGGAAGGUUCUUCUUUGUCUCUGAAAGUUGAAUUCGAACAAAUGGCAGAAGUAAUAGUAAGAUGGUUCUUGGAUGAAUCAGAAAUUACAAGUUCAGAAGAGAUAGAAAUCAUUGUUGAAAAUAACUCAACAACAUUGCUUAUCCAUGAUGUUUUACCAGAAGAUGAGGGAGAGUACAAGGUUGUGAUAGAGAACUCAACUGGUAUGUCCCAAACUUCCUGCUACGUCACAGUUCAAGGCAUAGAUGAAGGAAAGCAAAGAGAACGCCCCAAACGAAAAGAGAGUGGAAUAUCAGUGGAGUUUUCCAAACCCGAUGAAGUCAGUCAAACCGAUAUCAAUGUUGCAGAGCAACCUCAGGGUAUUUCCAUUGAAAUGGACAUAACAGAAGCUCCAGAGAUUAGUGCAACUGAAAUUGUGUUGACAAAACAGGAGGAAAUUGUCAGCAGCGAUAAAUCAGCACUUGAGAUCACACUAGAGAGUACCCCAAAACCUGAAACAAUAAAAACAGAGGAAACGGUAGACAUUACAGUAAAAGAAGAUAAGGGAGUAAGUGAAGCUCCCCGUUUCACAAAGACCCUCCAUCGACAGUUCGAAGCUACUGAGGGAUCAUCCGUUACAAUUGAGUGUGAGGUGACUGGGAAGGAAACACCUGUUGUUACCUGGUACCAGGAUGAAGAGCCUAUAACCCCUGACGAGCACUUUGUCACUGAGUUUGAACACGGAGUGUGCCGCCUGACGAUCCACAAUGUGUUCCUUGAGGAUGAGGCUGAGUACAAGUGUGAGGCCGUUACUAGCUAUGGUGCCAUCAGUACAGUUACCGAACUUUUCGUGGAAAAAGAGCUUCCAAAAGGAGAAGAGGAAGCUCAGCCAUUAGCAGAGGUUCAGGAAACCCCUGACUUACUGGAGGGUCUAGAUACACAGACCACAGAAAAAGUGGUCCCUGAGAAAUCUGAAAUCUCAACAAUUGAAACCAGAGGAAGUGACGUCGUCACUUCUGAGACGGAGGAAGUUUCUUUCGAGAUUGUGACAGCGGAGUCUGCUGAGACCACUCCGCUAGAAUUCACAGUUCAGACCGAGUCAGCUCGUCCUGAAAAGACAGAAGUUCCUCUCAAGGCAGCAGUUCCAGAGGUCUCUGAGGUCGUUGCCAAGGAGACUGAGGAGUUGAUCAGCAAGGAUCUUGAGGAAGAGAAGCCGGUGGAGGAGGUGAUUGCUGUGGAGGAACUGCUGAGGCCCGAGGAGGAACUACCUGUAUCACACACCGUACCGCAGGAAGAAGACGUGGAAGAAGUUGUAGAGGAUGAAGCUGCACCUGAAAUUCCCAAAGGGGAAGCACCUGUUUUUACUACAACGCUGGAAAAAUUGGUUGUACAAGAGGGACAACCUGUCCAAUUCCGGUGUGUUGUGUCUGGAAUCCCAAAACCAGACAUUGUUUGGUUGUUGGAUGAUGCUGUAAUAGAAGACUCUGCAACAUACCAGACGGAAUGCUCACCGGAUGGGACUUGCACACUGACUAUUGACAAAACUGUUAAAGAGGAUGAAGGGGAAUACGUUUGUCAAGCCACCAACCCUGAGGGGUCUGCAGCAACCAUGGCUGAAUUGGUUAUGACAGAAGAGGCUGAAAUCAAACCACAGGACAUUACCUCUGACUUCAACAUAACACUGCAACAGGAAGUUCAAGAUCAACAUGUGGAACACAUUGAUACUGAGUUUACACUAAAAGAAACUUUAUCAGAGAAAGAGCAGAAAUUCGAGGAAGAUAAGGAAGUCACUUCAGAGGAAGAAAAACCGGAAUCUCCUAUCCAAUUUGUGGUGGAAGAAAGGGAGGAGAAAUGUGCUCCAGAAGUUGUCGCUCCACUGAAGAGCAUCCAGGCGGCAGACGGAGGACAGGCGCGUCUGGAGUGUCAGAUCCAUGGAGUUCCCAAACCGACGGUCACAUGGUACAGAGACGAUCAAAUGAUCGUUAAUUCUGAGGAGUUCAAGAUAUUCUACGACGAGGACAAUUUGUGCUCUCUCUUUAUUCCGGAUGUGUACCCCGAGGAUGCUGGGAGAUAUACUGUGGUGGCAAAGAAUGAACUGGGUACUUCUGAAACAACAGCUGAGCUCUUUGUGGCAGCUUCAGAUGAAGUACUGGAGGAUGAGUUCAUUGCUCCAGCUUUCACUCAGAAACCCAAGUUCCAGACAGCCUCCCUCAGUGAAACUGUAACAUUUGAAGCCACUGUGGUGGCUAAUCCCCAGCCCCAGAUUCACUGGUCCAAGGAAAACGAAGAAAUGACACCGUCAGAUAGAGUGACAAUCACCACAGACCAAGAAGGCAACAUCUACCACACAACGCUGACCCUGAACAGCAUCGAGCCCGAGGAUGCUGGGACAUUCAAGGUCCUAGCCCAGAACGACCAGGGAGAAGCCAGUAUUUCUGUCUCCUUGCUCGUCAAAAAACCAGAAGGACCUCAGAAGACUGACUUCAGGGACUCUUUGACAACCGAAGUGAGGACUAAGGUUGGCAUAAAGUAUCAGCCUGAACAGAAGGACUUUAGAACUAUGUUAAAAACAACCUCAACUAAGUCCAAGAAAUUCUCACAAGAUGUUACUGAGGAGGAAACCACAGAAGAGAUUGUGACAACUGAACAGGUGGACUUCAGAGAGGUUCUGAAAAAGACUGUUACUUCCCCACAAUUUGUGGUCACCAUUGAGGAUCUCACAUCUGAGGAAGGUGGUGAGGCCAAAUUUACGGUCAAGGUCAAAGGUGAACCUACCCCAGAGGUCAUGUGGUUCCAUGAAAAUGAGCCAAUCAAAGAUGACGACAUAUACAAGAUCAUGGCUGGUGAGCAGGGUGAGGUUAUCCUUCACCUGCCUGAGGUUUUCCCUGAGGAUGCCGGUGUGUACACGGUGAAGGCUGUGAACGAGGCAGGCGAGGUUUCCUGUUCAGCUGUCCUCACUGUGCUUCAAGAGGAACUUGAGGGCACAGAGGAGAUGAAGGAAGCCCCCAAACCAGAGGUAGCCGAAGAAACUCCAGCUAAACCAUUCACCAUGCCCGAUGCUGAGCAGCUUGACUUCAGGGCUGUCUUAAAAUCCAAAGUUAAAACCAAAACAAAUGAGACUUUUGAGUCAGAACAGCUGGACUUCAGAAGUGCACUAAAAACAAAAGUGAAAACCAAAGUGAAUGAACAAUUCCAUUCAGAGCAGCUGGACUUUAGGGAUGCUCUCAAGUCAGAGCAUGUACAAACAAAAGUGAACCAACAGUUUGCUCAUGAGCAGCUGGACUUCAGGGACGCAAUUAAAACUCGCCAUGUUGAGACCAAGGUGAACCAACAGUUUCAUUAUGAACAGCUAGAUUUUAGAGAGGUCCUAAAACAAGACACAGUUGAAACCAAGGUCAACCAACAAUUUCCGCAUGAGCAAUUGGAUUUCAGAUCUGUUUUGAAAACUGACCGUGACUCAAGUGAAGAAAUCACCCAAGAGGAGACUGUCAUUGAGGUCCCCCACAUACCAGCAGAAGAGGUAACUCAGGUGUCACAGGUCCAAGAAGAGGAACUGGUAGCACCUAAAUUUGUCACCAGAAUCGAUGACAUCAAAGCUCAGGAGGGAGAAGAGGUCAAGUUUAUCGUCAAGGUAACAGGCACACCUACUCCAGAGGUCACAUGGCACCAUGACAAUGAGGUCAUCAAGGAAGACAGUGAGAUCUACAAAGUGGUGCAGGGCGAGGAAGGGGAGGUCACUCUUUUGUUGACCGAAGCUUUCCCCGAGGACUCUGGUGUGUACACAGUCACUGCCUCCAACGAAGCUGGACAGGCCGAAUGCACAGCAAUGUUGACUAUCACUGAACUUGUUGAGGAGGAAGAGGAGGCUUUGGAAGAACAAGUGGAAACAAUUGAAAGCAAAGAAGUUAUCAAACAGGAGGCUGCAGUCAAAAUACAGUCCAUGUUCAGGGGAUUCAAGGCCCGAGAAGAGGUAAAACACAUAAAGGAGGCGAAGGAGCAACAGGAAGUGCCAACCUUUGAAGCUGACACAACCUUUGACAUCAGUGACAUCAGCACUGACACUGAGGUCACUGCCCAUCUUCCUGGAGAUGACCACCCACAGGAUACACAGCAACAUAUGCAUGCACAAAGCAAGGACUAUGAUGUAGGCACUAAGGUCUAUACUUGGAGAUUGGAGAGCACACCCAUUGACCUGCAAUCCCCUCAAUAUGACACUCAUUUGUUUAAGGAGGAGGUCACUGUAACUGGCCCAGAAAGUGAGGAUAUAGGUUAUCUUCCUUCUGAUGAGGAAGCAGAGAGGACCAAGACUGUGGAAGAUGAAACUUCCACAUGGCACGUCACAGGAGAGGAGGAGGAGGAAGUCCCAGCCUUGCCCUCAACAUCCGCCCCUGAACUCACCACGGACUCAACCCUGUUGUCCAGCAGGCCUGAUAGGACAUCAGAUGACUUCACAUCCAUACCAAGCUCCACUGUGCCUGAGGGCACAGAGGAGACAUUCACUUUUGUCACUGCUGAAGAUCUGCCAGAUAAAGGUGCAGAGGAAGAGUUCACUGUUCUCAGUAAGGAAGAUAUCCCACCUCUUCAACUGGGAAUCUCAUCGUCUGAUGAAAAAGAAGGAUCUGAGAAAUCCUAUCCAGAUGAUUUCACUAGUUCUGACGACAGUUCAGCUGAAAAACGCCUUGCCACCGAUGAAGAACAGAAAUUACUAAGUAAAGAAGACAAAUCAGACAAAGAGAGAAUUCCUCAACAGAAAUUGGUAGAUGAAGUGUCACCUAGAUCAAAAUCAGAGACAUCAUCCUCAUCUUCAGAGGAAUCGGACGUGGAAGAUGGUUUUGUGAAACCAUCAAUGCCAGAUAUUGUUUCUAAAAGUUCAGAGAUUCAUGAAAAAGGUGUGUCAAGUGAAUCUGAGGAUGAAGGAAAAGUUGAAGUAGAUAUUACUGGUGUACCAUUAACUGAUAGUGAUAAAGAAUCACCAAAGUCUCAAAAAAGGGAGAUCUCAAAAUCUGAUAAAGAUAGACCAGAAGAACAGCUCUUGGAGGAGGAAAUCAUCAUACCCUCAGAGGACAAGCCAGACUUUGCAUUUGAAAGGUUGAUUGAGGAAGGGAAAGAUCAGGUGCCUAUGUCAAUGGUAGACAAGGUUAGUCUCUGGGAUGAAGAGAGUGAGGAUGAUGAGAGGAAACUCCGCAGGAAGUUCUCUCCACUGGACAAGUCUGUGGAUGAACAACCACAGAGUGAAAUCAUUGAGGAGUAUGAGGAGGAGUUUACUAAACCAGAUUUUGUGCAACAAGUUUCCCUGGAGGAAAGACAACAGCCAGAGGCUGACUUACCUGCAAAGAAAGGUGUUGAGGAAAGAGAAAAACCAGGACAAAAGGACCUGGUAGACCUUUCGUUUGACAAACUUUUAAUGUCUCCUACUGAACAGCCAGGAGAAAUGGUGUUUGAGGACACAGAACAACCUGUCUUGUAUAAGCAGGAAGCUUUGGCACCUGAAUUUGAGAUUAGUCCCAAGGACAUCUUCCAUGCUGAGCGAAAACAUGGUCAGUUCAGAGGUGUGCAGGAUGAAGAGGAAGAUUUUGAGGAAGCUAGCUUUGAAGAAGAAGAGAUUGUGGAAGAAGAAGAUGCUCAGGAUGAAUUCAUGGGUAGAGAUUAUGUACUGGAGAACAUCCCAGAGGAGGAGUCAUUUGAGACAUCAGAAAAUGAGGGCUAUCCAGGGGAGGAACAACAGCUGAGCCCAGAGCAGACACUAACAAAACCCAGCAAAGGCAAAACUACAGAGGAUGUUGAGGCUUCCCUGACCUUGAAGGAAGGUGACCUUGAGAUGCCAUCCUUCCUGCGGGAACUCUCGGAUCAAGAAGUGACAGAGGAUGACACCGUAACUUUCAUUGUACAAGUCAGCGGCACGCCAUUCCCAGAAAUUACCUGGUUCAAAGAUGGUGUUGAGAUAGAAUCAGAUGACCAUUUCAUCACAGAAGUUCGAGGAAACUUUGCCUCACUCAUCAUCAAAGAUGUUGUCAUUGAUGACGAUGCCGAGUAUGUAGUGAAGGCCAACAAUGAAGCAGGCACCGUCACCAGCAAAGGGGAGCUCUUUGUUAAUCCUUCUGGUGAGGCCCCAUCCAUCAUAUCGAGAAUUGAGGACAUUGAAGUGGAACCAAGUGCUUCAAUUGUACUUGAGUGUCAGGUCAGGGGUCAUCCCAAACCAAAGGUCACCUGGUUGAAGGAUGGAGAGGAAGUCUCAGGCCCUCGCUAUAGGGUUGACUUUGUGGAUGACAUUGUAUCCUUGGAGAUAGCUGAGGCAGAAAUGGAGGACGAAGGAGAAUACACACUGAGUCUGACCAACGACAAGGGAGUGGCCUCCUGCUCCUCGAUGGUCAUGGUACAACUGGACAAGCCCGUGAUCAUGCACCCACUGACCAAUGUGACUGUGUCCGUCGCCGAUACAGCCCGACUGGAGUGUGAGGUCAUCGGUAAACCCACCCCAGACAUUGUGUGGCUGGCCAACCAAACUGUGAUUCAGGAGAGUCCCAAAUACCACAUGAGUUACGACGGAACUACUGCUGUACUGGAAAUUCAAGACACUGGCUUUAACGACGCUGAAGUAACAUACACUUGCCGAGCCCAGAACCUGGCUGGGGAGAGCGAGACAACGGCUCAGAUCGAACUACAAGCCCCACCCAGCAUAAUCAGCUUCCCUGAGAAGAUCACAAUCUUGGAGGGUGAGGAAGUGUCCAUUGUGUGUAAGGUAGAGGGUGUGCCCCGCCCCACCCUCUCCUGGACCAAAGAGGACAAAGAAGUGGUGCCUGAUCAGCGCCACCUGCUGGAGGUCCUCGAUGACACAGUGAUCCUCAAAAUCCCACAAUGCAGUGUUGACGAUGAGGCCACCUAUGUCCUAAAGGUUGAGAACCCAGCUGGUAGCGACACAGUAGCCAUCCCACUCAAAGUCGAGGGAUCAGAAAAAGUUGUCAAAACAGAAGACAGUGCUGUCAUCACACCAGAAGGGCAGGCUCCCGAAUUUGUUCUCCGCAUCAAGACCGAGAAGGUUGAGGAAGGAGAUCUAGCAGACUUCACCUGUGAGGUGGUGGGAACCCCCAAACCUCAUCUGAACUGGAUCUACAAUGGCCGCCAGCUGGUGGAUGAUGGGAAAUAUGUCAUCUUUGAAGAGGAAGGUGUCAACCAUCUACAGAUCUAUGACAUCACCCCAGAGGAUGCCGGGGAAUACCUGGUACAGGCAGAGAAUGACCAUGGCAAGGUCAGCUGUACAGCUGAUCUCCAGGUGGAAGCUCUGCCUGUCCAUGAAGAGGUUACAGAGCUGGAGGCUCCUAAGUUUGUAGUGGAUAUUCAGACCUUGGAAGCCAGUAUCCAUGACAAAGCUAAAUUCAACUGUAAAGCCACUGGAAAACCCACCCCAGAAAUCCUCUGGUACAAAAACGACAAGGAGAUUUCCAAAACCGACAACAGAUUUACCAUUCAGUUUGAGGACAAGGGCGAAUCGUCGCUACUUAUUGUGGAUGUCCUACCAGAGCAUGAUGGGACGUACAUGGCCGAGGCUAAGAACCCAGCAGGCACUGCCAGAUGUAAAGCUGAACUCUUUGUAGAAGAACCCAAAGAAGACAAACCAUCCGUUCCAGAAUUUAUCAAAGUUCCAGAGAAGGUUGUUGCCAGGGAAAAAGACCUUGCACAGUUCAUUGUGAAGGCCUUUGGCACUCCUAAGCCAUCGGUUGAAUGGAAGAAGGACAAUGUUGUCCUAGACGACCUUGAACUUUACCACUUUGAGAAGUACGAGGACACCUACUGUUUUGAGAUCAAGUCUGUGGAGACAGAAGAUGCCGGGGUAUAUACGUGUGUUGCCAGAAACUUGGAAGGGGAGGCAACCUGUGACAUUCCACUGGUUGUCAAUGAUUUAAUUCAUAACUACAGUUAUUAUCCUGACAAGAUCAGAAGAGACCAGCGACUCUCUGAGUCCCCCCUGGUCCUCAGACACCAAGACUCCUCCCAGGCUCCAGAAUUCACCGAGGUCUUUGAGGCCUGUACUGUCAUGGAGGACAAACCCCUAUCCCUCAUGGCUAAAGUGACUGGUACCCCCCGCCCUGAGGUCACAUGGUACCGUAACAACAAGGAGUUGGUGGUCACACCCAACGUCAAGCUCUCGUAUGAGGAUGACACUUGCUCUCUGAUCAUCAAGAAGAUGACCAUGGAUCUAGAAGGGCAGUACAAAUGUGUGGCCCAAAACCCUGCUGGUACCACUGACAUCACUGCCAAGGUCGUUGUAGAAGAUGAAUACACCUGGUUUUGUUAUUUCACCUCUGAUAAGAAACCAUUUUGGUAUUUUUCCCCGGUUCACCGACGGGCUGAGUCUCCCAUUUUCUCACGCAAACUCAACAACAGAGAAUGCAAGGAGGGCAGGCCAGUCAAAUUUGAGUGUGCCGCUAAAGGCAUUCCCCAGCCUGAAGUCACAUGGUACUUGAAUGGUCAACCGGUUGAGGCAGGCCUCCGCUUCCACACUGAUAUCAGGAAGAGUUACGCUGAUGUUGUCUACAGCCUUAGCAUUGACAACACUGAGGUCGAGGACACUGGAGAGGUCAAGGCCAUCGCUCAAAACAAAGCCGGAGAUGCCGUCACAAUUGCCAAACUCAUUGUAGAAGAAAAGAGAGAGUCACCUAAAUUCAUCAGGAAGCUGGAGAAUGUGGAUGUUGUGGAGAAAGAUUCAGCCACAUUGGAGGUGGAGAUCUCUGGAAAACCCAAGCCACAGGUCACUUGGACAAAAGGUGACAAGGAACUUAAAGAAAGUGAACAAAUUAAGUUUGAGGUGGAGGACAAAACCUACAGAAUGAUUUUGACCUCUGUGAACCCAUCAGAUGCUGCCCUCUAUACUGUCAAAGCCCAUAACACAGCAGGAUCCGUCUCCUGCAGUGGACGAGUCAAAAUUCAGCCUGCCAGGCGCCCCUCCAUCCAGCCCAGGAAAAUGUCCAACACCCUGGUCCCUGAGGAUGGACAGGUCACAUUUGAGUGCAAGGUUGAGGGUCUGCCCCUCCCACAGGUCAAAUGGUUUAUAAACGACAAAGAGAUUGAGGAGGGAGAAGACAUUCACAUCAACUUCAAUCGUCGGGACAGUACCUACUCACUGGUCAUUGACAAGGCCUCCCCUGAACUCCAGGGUACCCUGAAGGCUGUAGCUGUCAGUAAUGCCGGGGAGGAUCUGGUAACAGCAGAACUAGAGGUCAGGGGUCAAGCACCUAUCUUCACUGAAGUGCCAAUCAAAUGCACCAUCUUAGAAGGAAAUACUGCCAUAUUCCGCUGUCAAGUUAAGGGUGAGCCCACACCAGAAAUCCAGUGGUCCAAAGGAAAAUGGAACAAGCUGAAAGAUGGUGGUCGUUACAAGAUCUUCCAAGACGAGACCACGGGAGAACAUGUUUUAGAGAUUGCAGACAUCAAGAGAAAGGAUGCUGGAACCUACCUAGUGAAAGCUACCAAUGAACAUGGCAGCUCUGAUGCACCCGCUACUCUGAUUGUGACAGACAAACCUGAAGAGGCUGAGGACUGGAUGGCAAAACUCAAACAUAGAGAAAUUGAGAAGAAAGAAAUUCCUGAAGAAGAACUCCUUCUGCCAAGUCUGAAACAUGUGGAACAAGAAGGAAAACCAGAGGAGAAGAAGAAGUACAAACCUGAUACCAAGACGAUUGAGGAACCUUCCGAAUAUGAAUUAGUAUUCAAGAGGAGGCAAUCUCAGAUGCUGGAGAAAGUUUCAGAGGAAAUGCAAGAACUGGCUAAAAGAGAAAAACCAGAGAAGGAGGAAGUUUCAGCAAAGAAAAAGGAGAAGCCAGAGGCCAAGGGAGAGGAUGAGGUAGACAAGGGCUCCUACCAGAGGGCUACUCGUGAGGCCGUCCUCGAGGAGUCAGAAGAAACAAUGCUGACUAUCCCCAAGGCUCAGUGGAAGGUCCUCAGGCCACUCAAGGACACCACCGUCACAGAGAUGGAGGAAGCCGUGUUUGAGUGUGAAUUCAAUGUCCCCAAGGUCAGGGUCACAUGGAAGAUAAACGGUGUAGAAAUUGAACAAUCUCCAAAACACAUCAUUAAAUCAGAGGGCACAGUUCACAAACUGAUUAUCACAAAGUGUAGGAUGCCUGAUCAGGGAACCAUCUCCUGUUCAUAUGCUAAGCUAGAAACCACUGCCAAAUUAACAGUCACUGAACUAGUCAAAGAAUUUACGAUGAAAUUAGAAGACACAGUAGCAGAGAAAGACAGUGAUGUGACCUUCACCUGCAAGGUCAGCGAUGAGGAUAUGGAUGUGACCUGGUUGAUAGACAGCCAGAGUCUGCCUGAAUCUGACAAAUACUCGGUGGUCUCAGAGGAUGUGACUCACACCCUCACCAUUCGAGAUGUCCAGCCCAAGGACUCGUGUGAUGUCACUGCUCAGUUUGGAGACCAAUCAACAAUUGCCAAACUGUCUGUUGCUGAUGUGAAAGCAGACUUUGUUCUACCUCUCAAAGACCAGAAAGCCAAAGAGAAGACAUCAGUGGAGUUUGAUUGUACACUCACGAUAUCCACUGAUGAUGUCCACUGGUUCCUCAAUGAGCUGGAACUCCACCCCACUGACACUGUGGAGAUCCUUAAAGAAGGAACCAAACAUAAACUAGUCCUGAAGGAUGUCAGUCCACAACAGUCUGGUCAGAUCAGUGUUAGGGUUGGAGACAAGACAUCCACAGCCAACCUCAUUGUAGAAGAAGUACCUGUGGAAUUCACAGCCACACUGUCAGAACAGCAUGUUGAAGAAAAAGCAGAAUGUCACUUCACUUGUGAACUGAAUAAAGAAAAUGUCCCAGUCACAUGGUACAAAGGUACCAGUAAAAUUGUACCCAGCGACAAAUAUGAGAUACAGGACAUAGGAACCAGUCAUACACUGGUCAUCAAAGACGUUAGUAAAGACGAUGUCGCAGAAUACACCGUCAAAAUUGACGAUAUACAGAACACUGCCUCCCUCUAUGUUGACGAAAAACCACUAGAAUUUAUCACACCACUACAAGAGGCCACCUGUAAUGAAGGAGAUACUGUGACCUUCACUUGUGAGGUCAGCCAAGACAAGGUCAAGCCCACCUGGACAAAAGAUGGCAAAGAACUGGUUCCAUCAGAGGAUGUCAUCAUUGAGUCUGUAGGAAAGGUCCACAAAUUAACCUUGAAAAAUGCCACAUUGGACGACCGUGCAGAGUACACCAUCUCUGUCAAAGACAAAGAGAGCACAGCUCCACUCUUUGUAGAAGAGUCACCACUUGUAUGGGUGGUUCCUCUCAGAGACCGCUAUGAUGCCGCAGAGGGUGACAUUGUGUCUAUGAUCUGCGAGGUCAACAAGCCUGGAGUACCCGCCAUGUGGCUGAAAGACGGAGAACAGAUCACAGUGGCUGAUGGCUAUGAAAUCAUCAUGGAUGGCUGUCGCCACAUCUUGCGUAUCCCUUCCUGCGAGCUUGAGGAUGAUGCUGAAUAUACAGUGAUGGUGGGAGACCUGGAAUCCAUCACUAAUCUCUAUGUGGAAGAAGUGGUGCUUGAGUUCACUCACAAGCUGAGUGAUGGCACCUUUACUGAGGGUGAGAUGUUUGAGUUAAGCUGUGAGUUGAGUAGGCCAGAUGUUCCUGUGACCUGGCUGAAGAACCGAAAACCUCUGACCCCAAGUGACAGAAUCCGAAUCCUGUGUGAGCGAUACAGACAUGUGCUCCAGAUCAUGGAGGCCAUUCCAGAGGAUGAGGGCGAAUACACUCUUCUGUUACCCAACAACACAGAGACCUCUGCUGUCAUCAAGGUCAAAGAGAAACCAGCCAAAUUCACCCAGCCUCUUGAAGAGACAAAAGCCAAAGAGGGAGACAAUGUCACCUUGACCUGUAAACUUGACAAACAAAAUGUAUUCUGUACCUGGCUGAAGAAUGGUAAAGAACUACAGCCUGGUGAUGGUGUUCAGAUUUCUUCUGAUGGGUAUACCCAGCAGCUUAUUUUGACUGAUGUCACCAUCCAGGAUGCAGCUAAAUACACCUGUGUGUGUGGAGAUGUGUCCACUGAGGCCACACUCCUAGUGGAAGAAACCCCACAGACCCAAGUAACAGAAUUACCAGAAUUUGAAACCCCAAAACCAGAAAUCUUAAAAGACACCCCUAGAGAAAAGGUCACAGAGGAAGAGGACAUAUUAACAUUGACACCAGAAAUAGAAAACACAGAUGCUGAGACAAUAGAGGCAGAAUUACCAGUAUUAGAAUCUCCUGUGACUGUUUCCCCACAAGACACUUUAGAAUCAGAAGCAAUGAUAUCUGAUCUAGUUAAACCAGAAAAUAAGGUCCCAGUUUCAGAAUUUGAAGAGGUAGAGGUACAAUUGUCAGAGGUCCCAAGGGCAGAAUCACCAGUUUCAGCAAUGACAACGACAGUAGAAACUCUAAAAGAAUCAGCUGAAAAAGAACUGCAACCCACAAAGGUUAAUGAAACACAGUCAACUGAUAAAGAAGGUAUUGCAACAACUGAAACAGACAUCACAGUAACUGAGGUUGAAGAAACUGAGGCCACUGAAAAGGAAGUUCCUGAGACAAUUGAAACAGACAUUACAGUGACUGAGGUUAAAGAAACUGAGGCUAUUGAAAAAGAAGUCCCUGAAACAACAGAAACAGAAAUCGCAGUGACUGAGGUUGAGGAAACUGAGGCCCUUGAAAAGGAAGUUCCUGAAACAAUUGAAACAGACAUAACAGUGACUGGGGUUGAAGAAACUGAGGCCACUGAAAAGGAACUUCCUGAGAUAACUGAAACAGAAAUCACUGUUACUGAGGUUGAUGAAACUGAGGCCAUUGAAAAGGAAGUUCCCAAAACAACUGAAAAAGACAUCACAGUAACUGGGGUUGAAGAAACUGAGGCCACUGAAAAGGAAGUUCCUGAGACAUCUGAAACAGAAAUCACUGUUACUGAGGUUGAAGAAACUGAGGCCACUGAAAAGAAAGUGCCUAGAGUAAUUGAAAAAGAUGUAAUAGUGACUGGGGUUGAAGAAACUGAGGCCACUGAAAAGGAAGUUCCUGAUACAACAGAAACAGACAUCAUGGCAACUGAGGUUGAAGAGUCUGUGGCCACUGAAAAGGAAGUACCUGAGACAACUGCAGUGGACAUCACAGUGACUGAGGUUGAAGAAACUGAGGUCACUGAAAAGGGAGUUUCUGAGACAACAGAAACAGACAUCACUGUAACUGAUGUUGAAGAAACUGAGGCCACUGAAAAGGAUGUUCCUGAGACAACAGAAACAGACAUCAUGGUAACUGAGGUUGAAGAAACUGAGGCAACUGAAAAGGAAGAACCUGAAACAACAGAAUCAGAAAUCACACUUACUGAGGUUAAAGAAACUGAGGCCACAGAAAAGGAAGUACCCGAGACAACAGAGACAGACAUUACAGUGACUGAGGUUGAAGAAACUGAGGCCACUGAAAAGGAAGUUCCUGAGACCACCGAAGUGGACAUCACAGUGACUGAGGUUGAAGAAACUGAGGCCACUGAAAAGGAAGUACCUGAGACCACCGAAGGGGACAUCACAGUGACUGAGGUUGAAGAAACUGAGGCCACUGAAAAGGAAGUACCCGAGACAACAGAGACAGACAUCACAGUGACUGAGGUUGAAGAAACUGAGGCCACUGACAAGGAAGUACCUGAGACAACAGAGACAGACAUCACAGUGACUGAGGUUGAAGAAACUGAGGCCACUGAAAAGGAAGUAUCCGAGACCACCGAAGUAUAUAUCACAGUGACUAAGGUUGAAGAAACUGAGGCCACUGAGAAGGAAGUUCCUGAAACAACAGAAGCAGACAUAAUGGUAACUGAGGUUGAAGAAACUGUUGCCAUGGAAAAGGAAGUACCUGAAACAUCAGAAUCAGAAAUUGCAGAAACUGAGGUUGAAGAAACCAUUGCCACUGAAAAGGAAGUUCCUGAAACAACAGAAUCAGAAAUCACAGUAACUGAGGUUAAAGAAACUGAGGCCACUGAAAAGGAAGUUUCUGAGACAACAGAAACAGACAUCAUGGUAACUGAUGUUGAAGAAACUGAGGCUACUGAAAAGGAAGUUCCUAAAACAACUGAAUCAGAAAUCGCAGUUACUGAGGUUAAAGAAACUAAGGCCACAGAAAAGGAAGUCCCUGAGACAAAAGAGACAGACAUCACUGUAACUGAUGAAGAAACUGAGGCCACUGAAAAGGAAGUUCCUGAGACAACAGAAACCCACAUUACAGUGACUUAUGCUGAACAAACUGAGGCUUCUAAAAAGAAAGUUCCUGAAACAAUUGAAUCAGACAUCACAGUUACUGAGGUUGAAGAAACUGAGGCUAUUGAAAAAGAAGUCCCUGAAACAAAAAAACCAGACAUCACAGUGACUGAAGUUGAAGAAACUGUGGCUUCUGAAAAGGAAGUCCCUGAAAUAACAGAAACAGAUGUCACAGUAACUGAGGUUGAAGAAAGUGAAGCAACUGAAAAGGAAGUUCCUGAAACAAUUGAAACAAACAUCAUCGUUACUAAAUUUGAAGAAGCUAAGGCCUCUGAAAAGGUAGCUGAAACACCAGAGUCACAAAUUUUAGCUUUUGAGGUUGAAAAGACAGAGUUAGCAGAAAAAGAGGUCCCUGAAGCAUCUGAAACAGAAUUUUCAGUGACAGAAAUUCAUGAAACAGAAGCAACUGAAAAGGAGAUACCUGAAGCAUUUGAUAUAGACAUAAUUGGUACAGAGGAUAAAGAAGUUGCAAGUGAAAAAGAGGUCACACCAAUUGAAAAUCAACUAAUUAUGACCCAAGAAACAGAAAUAGAAGAAAAAGAAACUCCUCUUGAAGACACCAAAAUUCUGAAAGUAUCUGAGACAGACAUAACUAAUGAAGUGAAUGAAACACAGAUCAACAUUACUCCAGAAAUGGAAGUAAUCACUGAAACCAAUGAAACUGUCACUGAAAAAUCCCCAUUUGCAGAUAUAACAGUGACUGAUGCUAGUGAAACAGAAACAACAAUGAAAGAAACCGCACCAGAAGAUGGGUCAGUGUCAGAGAGUUUAGAAAUAACAAUCGCAGAGGAAAUGGCCCCAGUAACAGAUAUUCAAGUGACAGAAGACACAGAGACUGAUGUCACAUUGGUCCAGGGGCCAGACACAGAGACAGUGGAAGAUGAGGGUGUUGAAAUGGAGAAGACAUUGAUUGAAUCAUCAGAAACUAAACCAGAGGAUUCUGUUGAAAUGGAAAUUUCAAUCUCAGACGUACAAGCCUCAGAGAAAGAAGAGGUUAAAAUGGAUUCAUCAGAAAUUCCAUCUUUGGAUACUGAGGUUGUUCUCACUGAAAAGAAAGAAGAGGAUAUCUCUGAAUCCUUUAUGAUUGAAUCACCAGAAACUCAGAAACCAGAAGAUACAGAGACAGCCAUUACACUUGGUGAAGACCAGUCAGAGGCUCCAGUGAAGGAAGCCAUAGAAAUAGAACUUACAGCAAAAGAGGCUCAAACCACUGAGGUCCCUACACUCCAGUCCCCAAUGCCUGUAACCCUUGCCUCCUUCAGAAAACCCCUUACUGACCUUGUCGCCAAGGAGAAUGACACUAUAACCUUGACCUGUGAACUUUCCCAACCCAACAUUCCAUGCAUAUGGCUUAAGAAUGACCUUGAAAUUAAGCCCUCUGAUCACACACAAAUCUCCUGUGAUGGUUACUCACAGCAGCUUGUACUAACUGAUGUCACUGUGGAUGACACAGCUAGAUAUUGUUGUGUAUGUGGCGAUGUGUCUACUGAAGCCAUGCUACAAGUAGAGGAAGCACCUGCUACCUUUACCAAACCUCUCACUGAUCUAACUGCCAAAGAAAAGGACACCGUUACCUUAACUUGUGAACUCUCCAAACCAGACACUCCCUGUAAAUGGUUCAAGAAUGACACUGAAAUCCAACCAAGCAACCAUGCACAAAUUUCUUAUGAUGGUUACACCCAACAACUUGUACUAACUGAUGUCACUGUUGAUGAUACUGCCAAAUACUCUUGUGUGUGUGGUGAUGUUUCUACUGAAGCCACACUGCAAGUGCAGGAAUCCCUGAAAUUCAUCAGAGAACUAUCAGAAAUGCGUGUCAUUGAAGAACAGACUGUGACCUUGGAAUGUGAGGUCAACCAGCCAGGUCUGACUGCCACUUGGUUGAAGGACAAGCAACCUGUUGUCCUCAAAAAGUCAGACUUCAUCCGUGUCAAGGAAGGCGUGCACAGUCUGGUGAUCGCCUCUGUGGAGAUUGAUGAUGAAGCAGAAUAUACUGUACAGAUAGGAGAGCUCUCCAGCUCUGCUCCUCUCUUUGUGGAAGAGGCUCCAGUGGAAUUCAUCAAACCACUCAAGGACAUUCAGGUAAUGGAGAAGACCAAGGUCGUAUUGGAGUGUGAGGUCAGCAAGCCUAAUCUGAUUGCCACCUGGUAUGUGGAUGGAGAGGAGAUCAAGUCUUCUGACCGUGUCGAGCUUGUUGUGUAUGACACGGUCCACCAGCUCAUCAUUGAGACAGCCAAACUCACCGAUGAAGGCAAAUACACCAUUGAUGUGGAGGGACAGAAGUCCUCUGCCACACUUCUAGUAGAUGAGUCCCCAGUUGAACUGGUUGCACGCUUGCAUGACAUUAUUGUCCCAGCCAAGGGUUCGGCAGUGUUUGAGUGUGAAGUUUCCUUGCCUGGUGUCAAACCUCAGUGGUACAAGGAUGAAGAACCAAUCACAGUCAGCGAUGGUUAUGACAUUAGAUCUGACGGGACCCACCACUAUUUGUACCUAGACAAAGUGGGACCUGAUGACAUUGGAGACUACACCAUCCAGUUUGAUGAUGUUGAGUGCACUGCAUCUCUUCAAAUCGAAGAACCUCCCCUUAAAAUCACCAAACCACUCGAAAAGAAAGAGGUUCCUGAAAAGGAACCCCUGACAUUGAGCUGUGAGGUAUCUAAACCAGGAGUCAUGGGUAAAUGGUUCAAAGACAACAAGGAAAUCUUGUCAUCAGAACACAUCAAAGUCAUUGAUGAUGAAAAUGUUCACAAACUGGAAAUUCUAGAUGCCAGCCUAGCUGAUAGUGGAACCUACAAAUGUAAACUGGAGGACAAAGAAACCACCUGCAAGGUCACUGUGAAAGAAAAACCUCUUGAAUUCGUCAAACCCCUGAAGGACAUUGAGGUCACUGAAGGUCAAGACAUUGUCCUUGAGUGUGUAGUGACCAAGGAAGGUAUGAAGGCCAGCUGGCAGAAGAAUGGUAAAGCAUUGCCUGUAGACAACAGAAUCAAGGUCACUGCUGACAAGGACACACACAGACUGACCAUCACCUCAGCAAUGGUGGAGGACAAGGCUGAAUACACAGUCAAGGUCGCUGACAAGUCAUCAACAGCCAAGGUCUUUGUAGAAGAAGAAGUAGUGGAGUUUGUUCGCAAACUUUCGGAUGUUGAAGUGAAGGAAAUUCCCUCUACCGUGACCUUCGAAUGUGAACUCUCCAAACCAGACAUGGUAGCCAAGUGGUUCAGAGAUGGAAAACCCUUGGGAGAAAGUGACAAAUACCAGAUGGUUGUGGAUGGAACAGUCCACAAACUGGUCAUCACAGAUGUGGAUGGAGAGGAUGAAGGUGACUACAGCAUUGUUGCCAGGGGGAAGAAAUCAGAGGGAGAACUCAUUGUAGAAGUGCCUCCACAACUAUUUUUGGACAAACAAUUCGAAGAGGAGGUGGUUCUUAAGGCUGGCCAAUCCACAGCCUUUGAGAUUCCAUUCAAGGGUAAUCCACAACCUAAAGCAACCUGGACCUAUAACAAUGAACCACUGCCACAGGAGAAGAGAAUAGAGAGUGAGACCAUAUACAACAUGACCACACUGAGACUGGGCAAGGUCAAGAGGUCAGACACAGGAAACUACACUCUGACCCUGGAUAACUCAGCUGGCAAAGUCUCCAUCACCAUCAAACUGACUGUGCUGGACAAACCCACUGCCCCACAGGACCUGACACCUUCAGAGGUGACAGCAGACUCUAUCACACUGACAUGGCAGACUCCAGCUGACAAUGGCGGCAGUGAAAUAUUGGAGUAUAUUAUCGAAAAGAAGGAGUUCAACCGCCGGACCUGGCAACAGAUGGGAACUACCAAAGAUCUGACCUUCACCAUUCCAAAACUUCUGGAGGGCAACCAGUACUUCUUCAAAGUCGCUGCCAGAAAUGACAUUGGCAUUGGAGAUGCUGCUGAAACAAAAGAGGCCAUUACAGCCAAAAAUCCCUUUGUUGUACCAGAUGCCCCUGAAGCUCCAGUUGUGUCUGACAUCACUGCUACCUCAGCAACUGUUACCUGGCAACCACCAGCCAAUGAUGGAGGAUCUCCAAUUACUGGAUACCGCUUGGAGAGGAUUUCAGGCUUCAGUGGUCGAUGGGUUCCUAUUUCCAAGGAGCUCAUCCCAGAGACAACAUUCAGUGUCACUGACCUGGUGGAAGGCAAUACCUAUGAGUUCAGAGUUAUUGCUGAAAACAAAGCUGGCCCAAGCAAGCCUAGCCCACCAUCACAAAACAUCAAGGCAGUUAAUCCAUGGACAAAACCAAAUGCACCAGGCACUCCAAAGAUCAUCAAAACAGACAAGACAUCUGCUGACCUCAAAUGGACACCACCAACAGAGGAUGGCGGAGCACCCAUCACAAACUACGUCAUUGAAUACCGUCCAAGUGGUUCUGUCCGCUGGAACCGUGCUAACAGCUCUCCUGUCACAGAAACCACAUUUAGUGUGGCAGACCUUAAGGAGGGAUCUGAGUAUGAAUUCAGGGUAUCUGCCGAAAACAAGGCUGGUGUUGGCCCGGCUUCUGAACCUUCCAAAUCUGUCAAGGUUGAAAAACCAUUAGUUGGAACUGCUCCAAAGGUUCUAGAGAACCUGUGUGAAGCCACCAUUGUAUCGCCUGAACCAGUCACCCUGAAGUGUGUCCUUGACUUUGGAGAGCCAGUGGCUGAAGUCAAAUGGUUCAAAGGACCAAAGGAAAUCAAGAAAAGCCAGAAGUUUACCAUAGAUAUAGAGGACAAGGUUGCUUCCCUUGUCAUCCAAGAGACAGAACCUCAGGAUGCUGGUGUGUACCGCUGUAUGGCCAUCAACCCUCUCGGUCAGUGUCAGACAGAGGCCACUCUAGCAAUCCACACUCAUCCAAAACUCGAAUAUGAAAAUAAACUGAAGGCCAAACAACUGGUAAAGGUUGGACAGUCCAUCUCCCUACAAGUGAACAUCAGUGGAAUCCCCAACCCUACAGUACAAUGGGCACAGAAUGGCUCUGUGAUUGAGAAAUCACCCAAGAUCAGCAUCGAGACCACAGACGUGUUCAGUAUGCUGACUGUGAAGAACGCCAGCCUGGAGGACACCGGGGUGUACUCCAUCACCGCGGAGAAUGUGGUGGGCAAGGCCCAGGCCGAGUUUGAUGUAGCCAUCAGAGACAAACCUGGCAAACCCAACAACCUCCAGGUAAUUCAAGUCAUGAAGGAAUCUGUCGUAUUGUCAUGGCAACCACCCACCAACACAGGUGGUUCUGAAAUCAUUGGUUACACUAUUGAAAAGAGGGACGCCAAGCGUAACACAUGGGCCCAAGUGGCAAAUGUAGACAGUGAAACCACCACUUACGCUGUACAGAAACUUAUUGAGGGCAACGAAUACUUCUUCAGGGUGUCAGCUAAGAAUGACAUAGGCACUGGAGAACCGGCUGAAAUUGACCGAGGAACAGUUGCAAAAUGCCCUUAUGACGUACCAGGAGCUCCCAGAAAUCUGCAGCCCACUGAGGUCAACAAGUCCAGUGUCACUCUGACCUGGGAGGUCCCAGAUCAAGACGGUGGUUCCCCAGUCACAGGCUACAUCGUGGAGCGCCGCCAAACCACUGCCACUAGGUGGACCAAGGCCCACAAACAAACACUGACAGAGACUGUGUUCACAGCUACUGAUCUGAUAGAAAUGUCAGAGUAUGAGUUUAGAGUUGCUGCCGAAAACGCAGCAGGAAUCGGAAAACCAUGUGAACCAAUAGGACCUAUUCUGACAAAGAGCCCAUAUGAUGUGCCAGAUGCCCCAGCCAAACCUCAGAUAACAGAUGUUACCAAAGACACAGCAACACUGACUUGGACACCACCAGAAAAAGAUGGUGGUAGCCCUGUUUUCAACUAUGUCAUUAAAUACAAACCAGUGAGAGCCUCCAAGUGGAUCUCAGCCAGUCACAACAUUACCGUGGCCAACACGACAUUCACUGUCAAAGACCUGACGGAGGGAAUGGAGUAUGAGUUCAGGGUCCUGGCAGAGAACAAAGCAGGACUCAGCAAGCCAUCUGCUCCUUCCUCUGUCAUUGUCAGAGAGCCUGUCAGUGGGGAAGCACCUUCUGUGCUGGAGGGACUCCCUGACAUCAGCGUACUCCUGGGUGAAGAUGCCACUAUGGAAUGUCAAAUCAGUGGGAAACCAGAGCCAUCAGUUACUUGGAGCAAGGACAGUCACAGAAUUGAUGCGAGCAAGAAGUAUGAGAUGAGCCAGGAUGAGAUAUCUGUCUUGCUGACCAUCCGAGAUGUCUCAGAGAAGGACUCAGGCAGCUACACCCUGGAGGCAUCCAAUGAUCUUGGCUCUGUGUCUACUUCUGGACAGCUUGAUGUACAAGCCAAACCAGAGCUUGAAUUUGACAAUAAAUUCCGGGAUGUAAUAACACUGAACACAGGAACAUCUCUGAGAAUUCCAGUCACCUAUAAGGGUCUCCCCAAGCCCACCAUCACCUGGGGCAAGGACGAGAAACCCCUGAAAGCAGGUGGUAGUGUCACACUAGAUACCAAGGACACACUCACAACCUUACAGGUCAAGAAGGUCACCAGAGCAGAUGAUGGCCUCUAUUUCAUCACAGCUGAAAAUGAGGCUGGAAAAGCCAAAGCAACCUUUGAUGUUGAAGUAAUUGAUGUACCAGACCAACCAGAAGGCCCCAUCAAGAUCAGUGAUAUUAAUCGUGACCGUGUCACCCUCUCUUGGGCCCCACCCAAAGAUGAUGGUGGAAGCAAAAUCAAAUCCUAUACAGUGGAGAGGAGAGAGCAAGGCAGAUCCAUGUGGAGCAAGGUGGAUACUGUGGAUGCAUCUAAGACCUCCAUUGUGGCUACAGGACUCUCCCAAGGAAAAGAAUACUUUUUCCGCAUCUAUGCAGAGAAUGACAUUGGUUUAUCCAAGCCUCUGGAGUCCAAAACAGCAGUGAUUCCCAAGAGUCCGUUCGAAAAACCAUCAAGUCCUACUGGUCCUUUGUCUACCAAGGACAUCACAGAAGAUUCAGUGACAUUGUCAUGGCAACCACCCGCAUCUGAUGGUGGUACUGCUGUCACAGGGUAUCUGCUGGAGAAAUAUGACAAUCGCCGAAGGUCAUGGGUCAAGGUUGCUGACCUUGAUGUCAAGACUACAUCUUUUGUUGUGCCAAAACUUAUUGAAGGAGAGAAGUACAAGUUCAGAGUCUCUGCUGUUAGUGCCGAGGGUCAAGGACAACCGCUGGAGACAGAGGAGGAUGUGGUUCCAAGGAAACCAGCAUCUGCACCAGAAAAACCCAGUGGACCAAUCAAAUUCUCCAACAUUUUGGGUGACUCAGUGACUUUGACAUGGUCCCCACCCAAGAAGGAUGGAGGUGCCCCAAUUCAGUCCUACAAGGUAGAGCUGUCUGAAGACAAUGGAAAGACAUGGAAGCAAGUGGAGAACAUCGACUCCACCAAAUACACCGUCACAGGCCUGAAGAGUGGAGACAAAUACAAGUUCAGGGUGGCAGCAGUCAAUGAGCUGGGAGAUGGAGAGGCACUUCUGUCUGAGGCAGUGGUACCCCAGAGACCAACAGAUGCUCCAGCUCAACCAUUUGGACCUCUGGAACCCAAGAACAUCAGAAAGGAUUCUCUCACACUGACCUGGCAAGCUCCCAAAGAUGAUGGAGGCAGUCCAAUCACUGGUUACAUUGUUGAAAAGAGAGAGAACAGGAAAGGAAAAUGGACACCUGUAGAAAAAGUUAGCAAAAAUAUCACAGAGCUCGACGUCAAGCGCCUUGAAGAGGGCAAAGAAUAUUACUUCAGAGUUCGUGCUGAGAACAAGAAGGGAGUCAGUGAACCUCUGGAGACAGAGAAAUCCAUUGUACCCAAGAGUCCAUUUGACAAGCCAUCUGCCCCAGAGGGACCACUCAGUGUGUCCAAUCUGACUGCUACAUCAGCUGACUUGGAAUGGAAACCACCAACCAAAGAUGGGGGUUCUCAAAUCACCGGCUAUGUAAUCGAGUCCAAACCUAGCACUAGAGGAAACUGGACAAAAGUGGCCAAUGUGGAUGGUAGCACCACCAAAUACUCAUCUAAAGACCUCAGAGAGGGAACAGAAUAUUUGUUCAGGGUGUCUGCUAUAAAUGAAGAGGGAACAGGUUCCCCACUGGAGACCAAAGAACUUGUCAAACCACAAAAGAAGAUUGAUGCCCCAUCUUCACCAAGACAAUUCAAAAUAUCUAAACUUGGGCCUGAUUUUGUCACACUUGAUUGGAAAUCCCCAUCCUCAGAUGGAGGCUCCAAGGUCACUGGGUACAUGGUGAAGCAAAAGAGAGGCCCUGAUGGAGACUGGGAGGAGGUGGCCACUCUGAAGGCCUUCGAUACAUCGUAUAAGGUCCCCAAACUCAAGGAAGACCAGGAGUACUUCUUCUCUAUAACCGCACUAAACCAGAAAGGACCAGGAGAAAUUUGUGAACUGGACACACCUGUUGUUCCAAAGAGACCUCCAGGUCCUCCAUCAAAACCAAUUGGCCCAAUAGAAGUCAGCGACAUUAACAAGACGUCUGCCAAGCUGUCCUGGAAGCCCCCGACUCAUGAUGGAGGUUCCCCCCUCACUGGAUACCUGGUGGAGAAACGCGAGGGACGUAGACCAUGGACUAAGGUAGACAAGAUCUCGCCUGAACUGACAGAGUUCCAGGUGACAGGACUGACAGAAGGGGCUGAUUACUCCUUCAGAAUCACACCUAUCAACAAACUGGGAAAUGGAGAGUAUCUCGAGACUGAAGCUACCAUCAAACCUAAGAGUCUCUUUGAUAAACCGGAAAAACCAACUGGACCAAUCACAUUCUCGGACAUAACAAAUGAAUCAGUGACUUUGAACUGGCAACCUCCAGCUAAGGACGGUGGAGCCCCAGUAACAAACUAUGUCAUUGAGUACAGGGACGCCAAGAGGACCACCUGGUCCAAGGCAGGGGAUGUGUCAGCUGACAAAACAUUCUUUGUAGCUGACAAACUCUUGACUGGAAAUGAAUAUUACUUUAGGGUCAUUGCUGUUAAUGAGGAAGGUCAAGGUCAACCUCUUGAAUCCUUGGAAACAGUCAGACCCGAAAAGCCUAUUGCACCACCAAAGGCACCAAGCAAUCUAGCAGUGAAGAAAGUUGAGAGCAACAGUGCAACUCUGAACUGGAAACCACCUCAAGAAGAUGGAGGUUCAAAGGUUACAGCUUACAAAGUCAAAGUGAGAGAGGAAGGCUCAGAUAAAUGGAAAGACCUUGCUACUCUCACUCCCUAUGAUACAGAGUAUACAGCUAAGAACCUCAAAACAGGAAAAGAGUACCACUUUGCCAUUGUUGCGGAGAACAAAGCUGGUCUUGGUGAUGCUGCUGAGACUGAAUCCUCCAUCAUCCCAAGGAAGAAGCCAGAAAAACCAUCACCACCAGUUGGUCCAAUCAAGUUCUCAGACAUCCAGAAAACUUCUUUGGUGUUAGCUUGGAAACCAAGCAAGAAUGAUGGUGGAUCUCCUCUGACUACUUACUAUGUUGAGAUGAGAGACUCUAAGUAUGGAUCCUGGACCUCCGUCACCAAGGUGACCCCAGACAUCACCAGCUACUGUGUACAGAAACUCAAGACAGAAAAGGAGUAUUUCUUCAGAGUCAUUGCAGAGAACAGUGUGGGAAAAUCAGAACCUCUGACCUCAGAUGGAGUCAUUCCAAAGAGCCCAUACACUGCACCAUCUGCCCCUCAGGGUCCAAUGCAGUUCUCUGAUCUGACUGACAAGUCCGUGACAAUCAGCUGGAGAGCUCCUGCCUCAGAUGGAGGACUCCCUCUGAAGGAAUAUGUCCUAGAAAGGAGAGACACAAAGCGCACCAGCUGGGCCCCAGUGGACAAAGUCAGCCCAGAUAUCACCAGCUACGCUGUUCAGAACUUGGUGGUUGGAAAUGACUACUACUUCAGAGUAAUGGCUGUAAAUGAAGAGGGAACCAGUCCACCGUUGGAGGGAGAACCAGUCAGACCCCAGAAGGGAGUCGAAGCACCCAGUGUACCUAGAGGUCCACUUAACAUCAGUGAUGUGACUGGAUCCUCUGCCGCUCUGACCUGGAAACUUGCAGAUCAAGAUGGAGGUUCACCUAUCACUGAAUACCUUAUUGAAGCCUCUACAGACAAUGAAAACUGGAACAAACUUGGAACGGUGGACAAACUCUCAAAUAAGUACAAAGCACAAAAUCUAGAAGAUGGCAAAGACUAUACCUUCAGGGUUUCUGCUGUCAACAAAGUAGGACCAAGCCAGCCUUUGGUGUCUAAACCAGUGUCCAUCAAGAAGCCAGCAGAAGCUCCAAGUAAGCCCCUAGGACCAAUAACAACCUCAGAUAUCAACAAGGAUUCUGUCACUCUGUCCUGGCAGCCACCAGAAAGUGAUGGAGGAUCUCCACUCACUGAGUAUGUCAUUGAGAAACGCGACACUAAGAGAAACACAUGGGCCCCAGUUACCAAAGUACCUGCUAACAAGACAUCUUGUGUAGUGGACAAACUUCAGGAGGGAUCUGAUUACAUGUUCAGAGUGAGCGCAGUCAACAAGAAGGGAUCCAGUAAACCCCUGGAAUCAGAGUCUCCUGUUACAGCAAAGAGUCCAUUUGGUAAACCAUCCACUCCUGUUGGACCUCUAUCUGUUUCUGAUGUCACAGAGAAGACAGCUAGUGUUUCUUGGAAGCCGCCUGAGAGUGAUGGUGGCCUGCCCCUGACCUGGUACCUCCUGGAGGUCCGUGAUAGCCGCCGCACUGCCUGGAAGAAAGUGGCAGACCUGAAACCAGCACAGACAUCAUACACUGUCCCAGAUCUAGACAUUGACAAUGAGUAUUUCUUCAGAGUCACUGCUCUCAACAAAGAGGGAGCAGGCUCUCCCCUACAGACUCAGGAGGCAACAAAAAUCACAAAGGAUAUAUCACCACCGGGUCCACCUGUAUCCAUCAAGGUACCAAAGGUUGGAGAGGACUUUGUGGAACUCGACUGGAAGGCCCCAUCCAGAGAUGGUGGCUCUAAGGUCAAGACAUAUCACAUCUACCAAUGCACCACCCCAGGGGACUGGCAGGAGGUGGCCACUGUCAAGAGUUUUGACAACCACUUCUCUGUCUCAGGCCUCAAAGAGGGUGUAGCAUACAACUUUGCUAUUGCUGCAGAAAAUGAGGCAGGAGUUGGAAAAAUGUGUGAGGCAGACAAACCAGUCAAAACUGUCAAACCAAAAGGAAAACCAUCUAUGCCAGAAAAACCAUUUGUAGCCAAGGAUAUCCAAAAGACAGAGUUAACCUUGACCUGGAAACCCAGCCAAUCAGAUGGAGGCUCUCCAAUCACAGGUUACAGAGUGGAGAAAAGGGAGAGCUGGAAAUCCUCCUGGGUGGAGGUGGACACGACUCGUCCAGGGGUCUGUGAACUCACGGUCAAACGUCUGAAGGAAGGUCAGGAGUACUUCUUCAGAGUUUGUGCUGAGAACAAGAUAGGGCAGUCUGAGUUCCUGGAGUUGGAGACCUCAGUCACACCAAAGAGUCCUUUCUCUGUACCAUCCACUCCUGAGGGACCACUGAAGAUCACUGAGAUAACUCAGACCUCAGUGACCAUCUCAUGGAAGGCGUCCGUGGAUGAUGGGGGUCUCCCAAUCACAUCCUACGUGAUAGAACGUCGUGAUCGACGAUUCACGUCCUGGUUGAGAGUCGACGCUGUAAAACCAGGCAUCACUAGCUACUGCAUACAGAAUCUGGUGGAGGGAAAUGAGUACUUGUUUAGAGUGUACGCUGAGAAUGAGGAGGGCUCGAGCGAACCUCUGAUGUCUGUGGAGGGGGUGAUACCGUGCAGGGAGCCAGCUGCACCCGAGAAGCCAGUUGGCCCUCUCUCUGUGAAGGACCUUGGAUCAGAUUCUGUCAGUCUAGCCUGGAAGGCUCCGAAGGAUGAUGGUGGAAAUCCAAUCACUGGAUACAAAAUCCAGGUCUCUCAAGACAACGCUGAUUGGUCAGAUCUUGACACAUUGGAUAAAUUCAGCAAGGAGUACACAGCGAAGAAUCUGAAGGAAGGAAAAGACUACAAGUUCAGAGUGUGUGCUAUCAACAAAGUGGGAACAGGCCAGCAAUUAGAAUCAGAGGUCAUCACACCAACCAAAGCAAAGGGCAAACCAUCCAAACCCACUGGACCAAUUACAGUCAGUGAUAUACAGAAGACAUCAGCCACCAUUGAGUGGAAGCCUCCACAAAGUGAUGGUGGAUUACCACUCAAGGGCUAUGUGGUGGAGCUCAAAGAAGCCAGGAAGACCAUGUGGAAGAAGGUGGAUAAACUGACUCCAGACAUCACCACUCUGUGCAUUCAGAACCUGAAUGAGAAUGCAGAGUACUACUUCAGGGUGUUUGCAGAGAACAGUGCCGGAUUCAGUGAACCUCUGGAAAUGGACAAAACUGUCCUCAUAAAGAGUCCAUUUGACAAACCUAGUGCACCAGAGGGCCCCCUCACCAUUGCUAAUGUGACUCUGAACUCAGCAGAGCUGUCAUGGAAACCUCCAAAGUCUGAUGGUGGAUCAAAAAUCACAGGAUAUCUCAUUGAAAUGAAGGAUGUCAAGAAAUCCUUCUGGAGCAAAUGUGGAAAGAUUCAACCAGAUGUGACAAACUUUACAGUGGCUAAACUGAUUGAGGGCAAUGAGUAUGUCUUCAGAGUCAGUGCCAUCAAUGAGGAGGGACAGAGUCUACCUCUUACCUCAGACAAAACGGCCAAGCCAACAAAAUCUCUCUCUGCUCCAUCUAAACCAGAAAAAGUCAAGGUUACUAAGACUGACAAAGACAAUGUGACCUUAGAAUGGUCCAAACCAUCCUCAGAUGGUGGAUCAAGAAUCAGAUGCUACAUCAUCUAUAAGAGGAUUGAAAUGACAGAGAAGUGGAUCAAAGUCACAACAGUGGAACAAUUCCUGACCCAGGCCAUUGUGGACAAACUGGAAUUUGAGAAGAACUACUUCUUUGCAGUAUCUGCCGAAAAUGACAUUGGAGAGAGUGACAAAGGAGAAACAAGUCAACCUACAAAAUUAGAAAAACCAAGUGAUACCCCAUCUUCACCUGAAGGCCCAGUCGAAAUGUCCAACCUCAGCAAGAACUCAGCCACAGUGUCAUGGAAACCAAGCAAGUCAGAUGGAGGCUCACCAAUCAAACACUACAUCAUUGAGUUGAAGGACUCAUUUAAAUCUUACAUCCAAGUGGGCAAGGUGCCAGCUGAUCAGCUGACCUUUGAUCUGACCAGACUGAAAGAAAACCAGCAAUACAGUGUUAGAAUCAUUGCAGAGAAUGCUGUAGGAAAAUCUAAGCCUUUGGAAUCAGAAACCAUUACCCCAACAAGUCAAUUCAAGGCUCCAAGUGCCCCUGAGGGACCACUUGAUAUUUCCAAUGUGACCCUGAACUCUGCUGAGUUGAGCUGGAAAGCUCCCAAGUCUGAUGGUGGAUCUCCUCUCACAGGCUUCCUGAUAGAAAUGAAGGAUGUCAGGAGGUCCUUCUGGAACAAGUGUAAAGAGGUCAAACCUAAUGUGACCAAAUUCACAGUGGAAAACCUGAACCUGGACACAGAAUAUGUGUUCAGGGUGACUGCAAUCAAUGCUGAAGGUCAAAGUCCACCCUUGACCUCAGACAAGUCUGCUAAACCUACCAAGAAACUCAGUGUACCACCAGCACCUGAAAAGGUCAGUGUGACAAAGACAGAGAAAGACUCGGUAACAAUAGAAUGGACAAAGCCAGCAUCAGAUGGUGGAUCAAGAAUCCGCAAAUAUAUCAUAUACAAGAGGAUUGAAAUGACAGACAAAUGGAUCAAGGUCACAUCAGUGGAACAGUUCACUACCAAGGCAGUCAUUGAGAAGCUGGAGUUUGAAAAGAACUACUUCUUUGCAGUGUCUGCUGAAAAUGAUAUCGGUGAAAGUGAGAAGGCAGAAACUUCUCAACCAACAAAACUGGAAAAACCAUCUGGCCCACCAUUCAAACCCACUGGACCAAUCACAGUCAGUGAUAUACAGAAGACAUCAGCCACCAUUGAGUGGAAGCCUCCACAAAGUGAUGGUGGAUUACCACUCAAGGGCUAUGUGGUGGAGCUCAAAGAAGCCAGGAAGACCAUGUGGAAGAAGGUGGAUAAACUGACUCCAGACAUCACCACUCUGUGCAUCCAGAACCUGAAUGAGAAUGCAGAGUACUACUUCAGGGUGUUUGCAGAGAACAGUGCCGGAUUCAGUGAACCUCUGGAAAUGGACAAAACUGUCCUCAUAAAGAGUCCAUUUGGAAAACCAAGUUGUCCUGAAGGUCCCCUUGACAUUUCAAAUGUGACCUUGAACUCAGCUGACCUCUCAUGGAAACCUCCAAAAUCUGAUGGUGGAUCCAAAUUAACUGGCUACCUGAUAGAAAUGAAAGAAAAGAGCAAAUCUUACUGGAGCAAAUGUGGAGAAACUAAACCAACUGUUACUAAAUUCACUGUGGAAAAAUUGGUUCUUGAUAAGGAAUACACCUUCCGAGUCAGUGCCAUCAAUGAGGAGGGACAGAGUCUACCUCUUACCUCAGACAAAACAGCCAAGCCAACAAAAUCUCUCUCUGCUCCAUCAAAACCUGAAAAAGUCAAGGUUACUAAGAGUGACAAAGACAAUGUGACCUUAGAAUGGUCCAAACCAUCCUCAGACGGUGGAUCAAGAAUCAGACGCUACAUCAUCUACAAGAGGAUUGAAAUGACAGAGAAGUGGAUCAAAGUCACAACAGUGGAACAAUUCCUGACCCAGGCCAUUGUGGACAAACUGGAAUUUGAGAAAAACUACUUCUUUGCAGUAUCUGCUGAGAAUGACAUUGGAGAGAGUGACAAAGGAGAAACAAGCCAACCUACAAAACUAGAAAAACCAAGUGACACCCCAUCUUCACCUGAAGGCCCAGUCGAAAUGUCCAACCUCAGCAAGAACUCAGCCACAGUGUCAUGGAAACCAAGCAAGUCAGAUGGAGGCUCACCAAUCAAACACUACAUCAUUGAGUUGAAGGACUCAUUUAAAUCUUACAUCCAAGUGGGCAAGGUGCCAGCUGAUCAGCUGACCUUUGAUCUGACCAGACUGAAAGAAAACCAGCAAUACAGUGUUAGAAUCAUUGCAGAGAAUGCUGUAGGAAAAUCUAAGCCUUUGGAAUCAGAAACCAUUACCCCAACCAGUCAAUUCAAGGCUCCAAGUGCCCCUGAGGGACCACUUGAUAUUUCCAAUGUGACCCUGAACUCUGCUGAGUUGAGCUGGAAAGCUCCCAAGUCUGAUGGUGGAUCUCCUCUCACAGGCUUCCUGAUAGAAAUGAAGGAUGUCAGGAGGUCCUUCUGGAACAAGUGUAAAGAGGUCAAACCUAAUGUGACCAAAUUCACAGUGGAAAACCUGAACCUGGACACAGAAUAUGUGUUCAGGGUGACUGCAAUCAAUGCUGAAGGUCAAAGUCCACCCUUGACCUCAGACAAGUCUGCUAAACCUACCAAGAAACUCAGUGCUCCAUCUCCACCUGAAAAGGUGCGAGUGACAGUCAUUGAGAAAAACUCAGUCACUGUGGAAUGGAUGAAACCAAGCUCUGAUGGUGACUCAAGAAUCCGCAGAUACAUCAUUUACCAGAGGAUUGAAAUGACAGACAAAUGGGUCAAGGUCACAUCAGUGGAACAGUUCACAACCAAGGCAGUCAUUGAGAAGCUGGAGUUUGAAAAGAACUACUUCUUUGCAGUGUCUGCUGAAAAUGAUAUUGGUGAAAGUGAGAAGGCAGAAACUUCUCAACCAACAAAACUGGGAAAACCAACUGGCCCACCAUCCAAACCCACUGGACCAAUUAAAGUCAGUGAUAUACAGAAGACAUCAGCCACCAUUGAAUGGAAGCCUCCACAAAGUGAUGGUGGAUUACCACUCAAAGGCUAUGUGGUGGAACUCAAAGAAGCCAGGAAGACCAUGUGGAAAAAGGUGGAUAAACUGACUCCAGACAUCACCACUCUGUGCAUCCAGAACCUGAAUGAGAAUGCAGAGUACUACUUCAGGGUGUUUGCAGAGAACAGUGCCGGAUUCAGUGAACCUUUGGAAAUGGACACAUCGGUGCUCCUGAAGAGUCCAUUCAAUCCUCCAAGUGCACCAGAGGGACCACUAGAGAUUUCCAAUGUGACCCUGAACUCUGCUGAUCUUUCCUGGAAGCCACCCAAAUCUGAUGGUGGAUCAAAACUGACAAAAUACCUGAUUGAAAUAAGAGACACAAGGAGAUCUUUCUGGAACAAAGUAGAGGAAGUAAAGGCCAACAUCACCAGCUACACUGUCAGUAACCUGACCACAGACAACGAGUAUGUCUUCAGGGUGUUUGCCAUCAAUGAGGAGGGCCAGAGUCCACCUCUCACCUCAGACAAGUCAGCUAAACCAAAGAGAGAUCUCACUGCCCCAUCACGACCAGAGCAACUCAAUGUUGUAAUCACGGAUAAAAACUCUGUCACUGUGGAGUGGAGCAAGCCAAAAUCUGAUGGUGGAUCCAGGCUCCGUCGCUACAUUAUCUGGCGCCGCGUGGAAAUGACCGAUAAUUGGGUGAAGGUCACCACAGUGGAACACUUUAUAACGAAGACAGUCAUUGACAAACUUGAAUUUGAGAAAAACUUUUUCUUUGCUGUCUCAGCUGAAAAUGAUGUUGGAGAAAGUGAUAAAGCUGUGACAAGGGAGCCAGUGCGACUAGCUAAACCCAGCGAUGUGCCUGAUGCCCCAGAGGGCCCACUGGUUGUAUCCAACAUCAACAAGACCUCAGCCUCCAUCUCCUGGAAGCCAAGCCCCUCCGAUGGAGGAUCCCCCAUCACCAGCUAUGUUAUUGAGAUCAGAGAGAGCUGGAAAACCUCAUUUUCCCUUGUGGAGAAGGUUCCCGCUGACCAACUAACCUUUGACCUGACCCGCCUCAAGGAGGGGCAGGAGUACUUUGUCAGAGUUCUGGCAGAGAACAAAGUGGGUCAGUCUAAACCACUUGAAGCAGGAAAAGGCUUCAAACCAGAGAGCCCAUACAAGGCACCAUCUGCACCAAGAAAUCUCCAAGCUACAAACAUCACCAGCUCAUCUGUCACCAUUCAGUGGCAGAUGCCAUCUAGUGAUGGUGGACUUCCCAUCAAGUUCUAUACACUGGAACGCAGGGACAAGAAAUAUGGCUCCUUCACCAAGGAGGCCACAGUGAAAGCCCCAGUCACUAAAUAUGUGGUGGAGAAAUUACAGCUCGAGAAAGAGUACUACUUCAAGGUGACUGCCACCAAUGAGGAGGGAACCAGUCCAGCAGUGGAAAUGUCAGAACCAGUCAAACUUGUCAAAGAACCUGAAGCCCCUGAGACACCUACUGGACCAAUCAAAUUCUCUGAUGUUCUGGCAACAAGCCUGACCAUGGAAUGGUCUGCCAGCAGAAGUGAUGGUGGAUCACCAAUUCAGAGCUACAAGAUUGAGUUAACCACUGACAAAAAGAACUGGGCGACAGUCAUGACCUGUGACCGUUAUACAACAAAGGUCAAGGUCAGAGACCUUAUAACUGACCAGCGAUAUCACUUCAGAGUCAGUGCUGUCAACCAAGUUGGCAGCAGUGAACCAUUGAUGUCAGAUGAAGUGACGCCUAUCAAGCCACCAGAGGUACCUUCACCCCCCACUGGACCCUUGGAAUUCUCAGAGAUCACCAAGACAACUGCAGUGGUGUCAUGGAAACCACCAAAAGACAAUGGUGGAAGCUCAAUCACCCACUAUAUUGUGGAGAAGAGAGAGGCAAGAAAAACCACAUACACCCAAGUUGAGAAACUGGGUCCCAAGGCCCAAUCCUGUAAACUCCAGUAUCUGCUUGAAAACACUGAAUACUUCAUACAGGUCAGGGCCCAGAACAAAGUGGGUCUGUCUCAGCCAUUGACAUCAGACAAACCACUGGUGCCGAAACAUCCUUACACUGUGCCAUCUGCCCCCAUUGGACCCCUGAAGGUGUCCGACAUAACAGCCAGCUCAGCCACCCUCAGCUGGAAAGCACCAAAGGAGGAUGGAGGCCAACCUAUCAAGCGGUACAUUGUGGAACGCCGUGACACACGCCGCUCAGCCUGGGUACAGGUGGAGACACCGCGACCCAAUGUACUGACACUGACCACAGAUAAACUAAUAGAAAACGUGGAGUACUUGUUCCGAGUGUCUGCUGAGAACAUUGAGGGACAAGGACCUUACCUUGAAACAAAGGAACCGAUCACUCCUAGGAGAGUGCCAGUAAAACCAGGUGCUCCCUCGGGAAGAGUCAGAGCCAGCAGUAUCACCCCAGAGUCCGUCACCCUGACAUGGCAACCACCAGUGGAUGACGGAGGGGCACCACUCAAGAAAUACAUCAUUGAGGCCAAGGAGGAGACUGGAGACUGGUCCCCACUGGCAGAGGUGUCCCCCAAAUCUACCACCAAGACUUUGUCUGACCUCCAAGAGGGCAAAGAAUACCAGUUCAGAGUGGUUGCUGAAAACGAGGUUGGCCGAGGAAAAGACACCAAGUUGGAUGAAUCAAUUGUUCCUAUCAGACUUCCUGAGGUCCCAAGUGCUCCUCAGGGCCCACUGCGAGCCGCUGACAUCACCAAAGACUCCAUCACUCUGUCUUGGCAACCACCAAAGGAUGAUGGUGGCAGCCCACUGACCAGCUAUGUCCUGGACAAACUGGAUCUACAGUGGGGAGGCUGGAAGAGAGCCACCAAGGUUCCACCUAAUGCUACCAGCACCACACUGACAGGACUAAUCAAAGGACAUGACUACAACUUCAGAAUCUAUGCUGAGAACAAAGUCGGUGUCAGUGAACCCAUUGAACUCAUUGACGCUGUGAAGGCCAAGAGCCUUGUUGAUGUUCCAUCAGCACCAAGGGACUUUGAAAUCACUGAAGUGACAGAUGACUCAGCCACUCUUGAGUGGUCUCCCCCUGCUUCAACAGGUGGUGCUGACAUCAUCGGCUACCCUGUCGAGCGCAGGGAGGCUGGCCGUAUGAACUGGGUCCGCAUCAAGCGAGUGGAACCAGACGUGACAUGGUUCACUGUGGAGAGUCUUCUGGAGGGACGCGGCUACAUCUUCAGAGUCUUUGCAGAAAACUGUGAAGGACUGAGUGAGCCAGCAGUCAUUGAAAAGACAGUGGUUCCACAGAGAAAGCUAGAGAAACCAUCUGAACCCCAGAACUUUGAAAUAGCCUACACAGAAAAAGACUCAGUAACCCUUCAGUGGAAGAAACCCAAGUCUGAUGGUGGAGCAAUGAUUUCUAAAUACAUCCUAGAACAGAAGAAAGGCAAGCUAGGCUCCUGGACUAAGAUGAAGGAGCUGGAGAGCUACCAACACUCAGCGACCAUCAAACACCUAGAGCCCGACUGUGAAUAUGGAUUCAGAGUGAAGGCCAAGAACUCAGAGGGAUUCAGUGAGGCAGUAGAGCUGGAAUCCUCCAUCAAAUCCAGCAAACCACCAGAGAAACCAUCCAAACCAGUUGGACCUCUGAAGGUUGAUGACAUUACAGAAGAUCAAGUCAAACUGUCAUGGAAGCCCCCAGAGAGUGACGGAGGAUCUAAGAUUACAUCAUACAUUGUGGAGAAAUGUGAAGCCCGACACCCACGCUGGCUCCGUGUGGCCAGACUCCCACCGGGCUCACUCAGUGUGGACUGUUAUAACCUGAUUGAGGGCAUGGACUACUUCUUCAGUGUGGCAGCUGAAAACGAGGCUGGAGUCAGUUCUCCUCUGGAAACAGACAAACCUGUCACACCAAAGAGUAAAUUUGGGCCUCCUGCUGCCCCAACUGGACCUAUCAAAUGUACACAAAUCACCAGAGACUCUGUCACCAUCGAAUGGAAGCCACCCAAAGAGGAUGGAGGAUCAAGAGUUACUGCCUACAUCAUCGAAAAGAAAGAGGGACUGAGACACAGCUAUGUCCAUGUGUCCAAGACUUUGUCUGGAGAAACAACCUUGACUGUCCUGGGACUGAAUGAGGGCAAAGAUUACUACUUUAGGGUGUAUGCUGAGAACAAAUAUGGCAAGAGCCCUGCACUAGAAGCCAAAGAAGCUGUCACACCAAAGAGGGCUCUAGAGCCCCCAAUGUCUCCAGCUUCUCUACAUGUCAAGGACAUUACCAAGACUUCACUGACCUUGACCUGGGAGCCCCCAGCCAGUGGACCUGAGGGUAUCACUGGAUAUAACAUAGAGCGCCGCCUCUCUAACAGUGAUGAGUGGGAGCGUGUAGCUCGUGUUCCUGGCAAGGUCCUGAGUCACCACCUGAAAGGACUCAAGGAGGGCCAUGCCUUCUUCUUCAGGGUAACAGCUGAGAAUGCUGCUGGUACAAGCAAACCCACAGAACUAAGAUCUCCUGUGGAAUUGAAGGGAAGAAAAGAAAAACCGCCAGCACCUACAAAUGCACCAGAAAUCUUGGCCAUUGGUCCACGCUUUGUGGAGCUGUCAUGGCAGCCACCUGAGCAUGAUGGUGGCUCCCCCAUCACUGGUUACUACCUGGAGAGGGCCGAUCUGGCUGGCAGAACAUGGCUGCCAAUCAACAAGACACCAAUUAAGACAACCAAACACAAAAUUGAAAACCUUUAUGAAGAACUCAAAUAUGAGAUCCGCGUCCGAGCAGAGAACAAGGAGGGCAUUGGUGAGCCUUCCCCGGCCACUGAGCCCUUCUACUGCAAGGAGGCCAUAGUGACUGAAGGUCCCAAGAUCAUCAAACACAUUGAACCAGCGACAAUUACCGAGGGACAGGAUGCUGAGUUCACAUGUCAAAUCUCGGGCAUGCCCAGACCUAGCAUCACGUGGUACAAGAACUACCGUGAGGUGUUCAAUACCAGACGUACAGAGAUUAAGAAAGCUGAAGGUGGAAAAUACACAGUAAUCAUCAAAAACGUCACAGAAGAAGACAUUGGUAGCAUUGAAUGUCAUGCCCGAAACUUCUAUGGCUCCGUGUCAACCAGAGCCAACCUAGAUGUCAAUGUGCCAGCCAAGAUCGUAGACUUGUCCCAGAGAUACCUUGAUGGUUUACAGAUUUGUAAGGGUGACGCUAUUAUGAUCCGCGUUCCUUACAAAGGCCGCCCCGCCCCCAAGAUCACGUGGUCAGUGGAUGGAGAGGUCAUUGAAACUUCUCGAAGAAAGGUGGAAAUCAAGACCCAUCCACAUCACUCCACACUUGUCAUCCAUGAUGCGGAGAAGAAGGACAGUGGAGUGUACAAGUUCUUCGUGGAGAAUUCUGUUGGAUCAGAAAUGGUCAACAUUCCAGUACAUGUCAUUGAUCGUCCAGGACCUCCUGAAGGCAAACCAGUUAUUGAGAGCAUCACUAAAUUCUCUGUCAAACUGUCAUGGCUGCCCCCAGCAGACGAUGGUGGUUCAGAAGUCACUGGUUACAUCAUUGAGAAGUUUGACACACAGACAGGAGUGUGGAGACGGGCUCUGACCACCAAGACACCAUACGCCACCGUGGAAUGUCUGGAGGAAUUCAAGGAACACAAGUUCCGAGUGUUCGCUGAGAACUUUAUCGGAAUCAGUGAACCCGGAGAGGAAUCGGAGAAAGUCGUCACCAGAGAGGUUGUGCCAGAUGUCGACUAUGAUGAUCUCUAUGAUGCAAGCUUCAGAGGCAAUGAUGUUAACAUUGACAAGAUCAAGGGAGACGUGCUCAGCAAGUACAUCAUCUGUGAGGAGCUGGGCAGAGGUGCUUUUGGAGUUGUGCAUCGAGCCAUAGAGAGAGCCACCAACAAGAACUGGGCGGCCAAGAUGAUCCGUUGUAAACCCCACGAGAAGGAGGCAGUCCGUCACGAGAUUGACAUGAUGAACGAACUCCACCAUCCCAAACUGUUACAGCUGCAUGAAGCCUUCGAUCAGGCUGGAGAAAUGGUCAUGAUCUUGGAACUAUUGACCGGUGGAGAGCUGUUUGACCGGCUUGUGGAACAAGAGUAUGACUUGACAGAGGAGGACUGCAUCACCUACAUGAGACAGAUCUGUCAGGGGGUCAGGCACAUGCACCAGCAAAACCUGGUUCACCUUGACCUCAAGCCUGAGAAUGUGAUGUGUGUCACCAAGGAGAGCAAGGACGUCAAGAUCAUUGACUUUGGUCUGACCCAGAGACUGGAGGAGGGCAAGAAUGUCAAGGUCCUGUUUGGUACUGCGGAGUUCUGUGCCCCUGAAAUCAUCAAUUUUGAGCCAGUCUCCUUUACUACAGACAUGUGGUCCUUGGGAGUUGUGACCUAUGUGUUGUUGAGUGGAUACUCACCAUUUGCCGGAGAGACAGAUCAUGAGACCUUUGUGAACAUUAACCGCUGUGACUACGACUUUGACGACGAAGUCUGGCAGAACAUUUCAUCCGAGGCCAGAGACUUCAUCAAGAAUCUACUCAUUCCUAACAAAAGUAAAAGAAUGACAAUCUUCGAGGCUUUAGAUCAUCCAUGGCUGAAUCCAAGAGAAAAACAGAAGACCUCUCAAAUAGAGAAAGGUACCGCUGAAAAGAAACUCACUGGCAAACCACUGUCUCGGGCACACCACAAGGAAUACCGUGACAGGAAACACCACAAAGAAGACGACCUUGACAUUUUACCAAUGGGCCGCCUGGCCAGAAAUGGCGCCAUCUUCAGAAGAGAGGGAGACGAUGGUGUCAUGUCCAGACACCUUGUUCUGGAGUUGCCUCCCCAUGCCCCUGUGGUGGUUGAGCCCCUGGCUGAUGUUCAUGGAUACGAGGGGUCCCACGUAGAACUGACCUGUAAGAUCAGUGGCAAGCCUGUCCCCACCAUUCACUGGUACCUGGAGGGUGAGGAACUGACCCAUGGCAGGAAGUAUCACAUGACCUACCACGACCACUUCGCCUCGCUCUUCAUCAGCGAGCUUGAUGUGGAGGACGCAGGCAAGGUCAAAUGUAAGGCCGUCAAUGAACAUGGCGAGAUCUUCACCACUGCCAGGAUCUCCGUGGAAGAUCUACGGAGAAAGAAGAAAAAGAGAGACAAACAACCUGCAGAAGUAUUGCCCAGACUCAAACUGGACAGACAUGACUAUGACACGUCACUUUUGGACAGCAAUGUCCCACCCCGAUUUACGCUGCCCCUGAUUGACCAGGUGAAGAAAGUCCGUGAGACUGUGGAGCUGACCGUCACAGUGACCUGUCGCCCUGAGCCUGAGGUUCAGUGGUUCCAUAACAAUGUCCGAAUCAAGUCCUCCAAACACUAUGAUCUUGAGCACAUCAAGGGCGUGUACAGACUGAUCAUCCACGAGGUCAAUCCAGAUGAUGCUGGAACUUGGAAGUGUGAGGCCACCAACAAAUAUGGCCACACCUGGUGCUCCUGUGAACUCAAAGUCAUUGAAACCAUACCAGAGGGAUCCACUCAGCCCAAAUUUAUACAGUGUCUGGAAGACAGCACUAUUGAGGAAGGAAGCUCAGUCAAACUGGAAUGCAAGGUCAAAGGGCAACCCAACCCACAAGUGGAAUGGUACAAGGAUCGUAAGCUGUUGUACCCUGGUCGUCACUACCGCAUCACAGUGGACGAAGACGUACACACACUGACCAUUCACGACGCCUUCCAAGAUGACACGGGGCGAUACAUGUGUCGCGCCGUCAAUGUUGUUGGGUCUACUACCACUGAGGCUUAUGUCAAAGUACAAAGAGCCAGCAUCAAGGUAUCUGACUUUGCCUUCCCGCGCCCAGACACCACUCCACUGUAUGCCUCGGAGUCCUCACAGCUGAUGGAUGCCCCCACCAUGAAGUACAGGGUGGAGGAAGCACCAAACUUCACCGCCAAACUCCGCGACAAGACGGUGCCAGAAUUCAGCCAUGUCCGCUUCAUGUGCUCAGUGACCGGACUUCCUGCUCCCAGAAUUACCUGGCAGAAGGACGGCAAGGACAUUACAAACAACACCAGUUUCUUCAUCUCGAAUCAGCAUGGACUACUGACCCUGGAGAUAUUCUCUGUGUCGGAGCAGUAUGCUGGUACCUACACAUGUACUGCCACCAACUCUGAGGGUGAGGUCACAUGCUCAGGUCAUCUCAAUGUGCUGGGCACUGAGCGAGAGGCAAGCCCAGAGUUGGAUCUCUCACCCAAAUUCAUGACCCCUCUACAAGACAUCUCGGUCACCGCCGGAGAUGAAGUGGUGUUCACUUGUCUCGCUAAGGGCAACCCAAUGCCACACUUCAAAUGGCAAAAGGAUGGCAUGAAUGUGACAGACUCCAGACGAGUAUACAUGGGAUCUGACUCUGACGGUAAUGCUGAACUCAUCAUCCGCAGUGCCAGGACCAGUGACUCUGGCCUAUACUGUGUCAUCGCCCAAAACUCAUCCAGCCGCAGUAAAUGCUCUGCCUACCUGAGAGUCAAAGCAAAGUCCAAGUCUGCCUCUCCCCCUGAAAGCCCAGAGGCUAUGGAGGAGGGAGCAAUGUGGUCCCAGAGAACAGAGCGAGGAUAUGAAAAACUAAAGCCCCUGGGUAUCCCUGGCGGUCGCCUCCCACAUUUCUCUAUUGCCCUCCCCAAGGUCAUUGAACUGGACGAGGGAGACAAGCUCCAUCUUGACUGCACUGUAGAGGGAUGGCCCAGACCGUCAUUGACUUGGUACAAGAGCGAGCGAGAGUUGACCUAUGACUUCCGACACAAGAUCACUGCCUUCCAGAACAUGCACACAAUGGAGGUCAAUGAGGUCCUGUCCUCAGAUGCUGGAGAAUACGUCGCCAGGGCCUCUAAUGCCAUGGGUACCGUGGAAUCUAAAUGCAUUGUCCGUGUGACUAAGAAAUCAGCAAGACGAGCAGGAGAUGACAUGGCAACAGCAGAUGCCCAGAAAGCAGCAGACAAUAUGGAGAAAGGAUUUGCCCCAUUCUUCAUCAAGCACCUGCCCGCCUCUGUUGAUGUGAUGGAAGGAUUCAACAUUCAGUACGACUGUUACGUAGAAGGUGACAUUACCCUGAUCAAAACAAAACAAACUGAAAUGAAACAAGUGAAACAGUCUUUGGAGGCCUCAGGCUUCGAAGGCAAUUACAAAGAUAUUCCCAUGAUGGGUAUUCCCCCAAUGGCAACCAUACCUGAACCCAAAGAGGGAGGUAGAGCCGGGCGAUCUAAGGUGGCCAAGUCCUCCCCCCGUUUUGUGGAGGGACUCGAAGACAAACAGUUCAGGACCGGCAGCAUUGCCAUGUUGUCUGUUGUCGUGGAGGCCAUGCCAGAGGCAGAAAUCACGUGGUACAAAGAUGGCAAGGAAAUCGGCCAUAGUGAUCGUUAUGAAGUGUUCUUUGAGGAUGGUGCUUACAACAUAGAAAUCUACGACACUGUGGUAUCGGACUCUGGCGUUUAUAAGUGUAUGGCUACAAAUGUCAUUGGCUCAGCUGAGACUCAAGCCAAAGUUAAGAUUCUAGAAACAGAAGACAAUAGCGAUGUCAGAAAUUCUACAGCCAUUGACCAGUUUCCAGGAAUAGGUCUAACCCAGAAGAAAUUUGCCCCAAGGUUUAUAGUAGAACUUGAACCACAAAUAAACGUGAACAUUGGAGAGGAUGUCAAGUUUGUCUGCAUCAUCAAUGACGCCAUUGACAGAGUACACUGGGAGAAGGACGGAAAGAAGGUGUAUAAUGACCGCCGCACAAAGAUCAGCUCCGAAUCAGAUGGAACCCAGCAAAUGGAGAUUUCUGUCACUCAGAAAACCGACUCUGGCCAGUAUGCCUGUGUGGCUACCACCCCAGAAGGGGAGGUCAAAACCAUCGCUGAUCUUCAUGUUUCAGACAAAGAAAAACUUCCUCUUUCAUCCAGUGUGAACAGGAAGCCCAGAUUUGAGAAGCCACUGCGGGACCAGUUCUGUAAGGACGGGUCCACGGUGACCCUGGAGUGUGUCGUCAGUGGGGACCCCCGACCACGCACCACCUGGUUCAAGGAGGGUGAGGAAAUCCUCGAUUGUCAGGACUUCCAGAUCAGUAACAUUGCAGACAAGAGCACACUGACCAUCACCGAGGUAUUCCCCGAGGAUGAGGGCCACUACAGCUGUAAGGCCGUCAACAUAGAAGGGGAGAUAACAAGCACCUGUCAGCUUCUGGUGGAAGAUGCCACGUACUCCAUUGAUUCCGCUUCCAUUUCCUCCGCUUCCUCUCUUAGUCGCGGUGGAAGUCAGGCCCGAAGUGUUGAUGCUGACCACACAUAUGAGUUCCACGUGGAUCCAGUCUCAAAGAGGCUGGUCAGAGAUCGAAAGUCAGCUGACAGGAAAUCUCUGGACCGUAAGGCUGGCAAACCCGACAAAGCCCCAGAGUUUAUCACCAAGCCCCGACGACAGUUUGUUGAUGAAGGGCAGACGGCGAAAUUCAAGGCCUCAUACGAUGGUCCACACAGUACCAAGCUUCUUUGGACCUUCAACGGCAUGGUGCUGUCCAAUGACAGCAAACACAAGAUUUACCAGGAUAAAGAUAUCCACUGGUUGGAGGUUUGUGAUGUGACGUCAGAGGAUGCAGGCCAGUAUACUUGUACCAUACAGAACGCCACUGGAAGUUCCCAGGCCUCCGCAGAGCUUGACGUCCAUGUGAAACCCAAACCUGUGCUUAAGAAGGGCUUUGUGGCCCCAGAGGUAGCCAUCCCUCUCACUGACCAGAUCCUGACCCCCGACCAGAAGUUGGUGGUCCUUGAGUGCAAAUUCUCCAAUGCAAUUGAUGCCAAUGCAACAUGGUACAAAGAUGGUCGCAAACUGAAUUCUGGGUACUUUGCCAAGCAAACAUUUGAUGGUCGUUUGGCUCGUCUGACCUUGAACAAGGUCACAGAGAGAGAAAUGGGGACAUAUGAAUGCACAGUGUCCAACACUGGAGGGGAAGUCAAGACCCAGGCUCAGCUGUCCUUCAGGAUGGCUGGCUCUAGAUCUAUUCCACCAAAGUUUGCUCUUCCUUUGACCAAUGAGACACUAGCGCCCGGGGAUCAACUGACUCUUGAAUCCUCUGUCACCGGAUAUCCUAAACCAAGCAUUAAAUGGUACAGAAACAACGUGGAAAUUCACUCAAGUCGAACAACCAAAAUGGAAUUCGAUGGAUCAAAAGUGAAACUGACAAUACCCAAUGUGCAGACAAGUGAUUCGGACUCUUACAAGUGUGUAGCUGAAAAUGAGGCAGGCCAAGAUCAAAUCAAAGCUAAUGUGUCUGUGAUAGCUCCCUCCUCAGCUACUGGUGAUUUCAAGGAACCCCCUGUGUUUGUCAAGGAACUGGUCGACAUGGAGGCCAAUGAUGGCGACCGGGUGGAGCUAGUGGUGAAGGUCGAAGGCACCCCUCCUAUAGAAAUAGUCUGGGUUCACAAGGAAAGGGAGAUAAGUUUUGAAGACCCAGUGUUUAAGAUGAAGUCGGAUGGUAACACUCAUCGCCUGAUCAUCCCCGAGGUCUUACCGGAGGACACGGGGGAGUUUGUUUGUGAGGCGUACAAUGACUGCGGGGACACAGAUACGUUCUGUUUCCUCCACGUCCGAGAAAUUUUUACACAACCCUGCAUGAAAUAUAACACAUCCUCCGAAUCAAGCUUUCCACCAGCUACCUGUGAAUCCGAGUCGGAGAGAAGCUUAAGAUCUGACUCUGGAUACGUAACGGAGAAAGCUCAGCAGAAACCAGACUUUAUACUGAAGCCACACACAGUGGAGGUUAAAGCGGGAGGGACUGCUAUAUUUCUGUGCAGGAUAACUGGGUCCCCCAGCCCAAGUAUUAAGUGGGAAACCAACGGAAAAACAAUCAACAAUGAUGAAAGACACAAGAUCACAUAUGGAGAAGAGUGUGUCCUGGAAAUACGAAACGUGACCCCUGAGGACAGUGGAUUAUACACCUGUACGCUGACCAACCCAGCAGGGGUCAUAUCCAUGGAUACCAGACUUGUUGUCAAUGACUCGGACUUACCCAGCAAUCCCCCAAACAGGUUACCAACACAACACAAAACUGUGCAACGGAUUGCUGUGGAAAAACUAGAACAAAAAAGGUCUUCAAUGAAUACAAGUUCUCCUGUAGUUUCCCAACAUAAAGAAAAACAAGUUCAAAAUUCAAGUUUCCAUGGAGAUUCUGAGCUUAAAAGACUACAAAAGUUAAGAGAACUUGAACAAAAACCACAAAAAAGUCAUGAAAUUCAUGAUUUCCGUGGAGUGUUAAAAUCUAAAGUAGCAUCUUCUGAGAAGAUUGACUAUAAAAGUGUGUUAAAACACAAAUCUAACACAGAUCUCAGCAAAAUCGGAGAAAAAAAGCUCUCGGCUGGCCCCGAGUUGGGGACGGACUUCAGAGAGGUUUUGUCUCAGAGAAAGAAGUCGAGAGAGGAACGAGUGAAAACACAGAACGAGAGAAAGUCAAACUCCUUCUCAGGACCGCCAGCCAAGAAAGACAACUCUAGCAGUUCUAUUGAUUAUAGGUCUGUGUUACACAGAAAAAGGAACUCUUUGCCAAAAGAAGCAUCACCUGUGAUGAACAAGGAGAACUCUUAUUCAGUGAUCAGAGAGAAAUCACCUGUAAUAGUUAAAGGUGGUCAGGAGACCUUAAUACACAACAGGACACCAACCAAAUCUCGACUUGUUGACCGCAAGUCUCCAUCUGUGCACAAUGACACACCCAUAAAUAGUGCUAGUGAAACAAAACUCAAAUAUGACACUCCGAAAAUGGAAACAAACGAUAAUUUAAUUCAUCAUCAGAAAGAUCGUGAUAGGACUACUUAUAAAGGGGAUCAAGAUCAACUAAUAUCCCCUAGUCAACGGAGGCGAAGAGCCUCGCCAACCAUGAAACAAGUCUCCAACCAAGAUCUUCAACUCACAGCCAAUGUCCACAGCGCUCUGCCUUCACAGAAAGUAGAUAUACCACAACCUCAACUACUCACAGAAAAUGUCCAAUUGGGUACUCCAACUCAAAGAGAAGAUAAACAGUCCCACCUACCCACACAAAAUAUCCAAAGGGGUACACUAACAGAGAAAGUAGAUAAACAGCCCCACCAACCCACAGAAAAUGUCCAAAGGGGUACACUAACAGAGAAAGUAGAUAAACAGCUCCACCAACCCACAGAAAAUGUCCAAAGGGGUACCCCAACAGAACAUAUAGAUACACAGCCCAAUCCUCCUUCAGUUCUCAGUGAUGUCAUUGAUGAAGGCACCAUCGAACACUUGCUGGCAAAACGAAGACAGAAACGGCGACAGUCGCCAGCUUACAAGGACUAUAUUCCACCAGAUUCAACAAGUAUUGUUAACAUUCCAGUAUUUGAGCCAGUGAAAACAGGUAAUGCGAGACCUGAGGGUCAGAAUAAUAUAUCAUUGAAACCAGAAACAACAAGAGUCAGGGAGGACAAUGGAGGGAGAACCAGAGCUGAUAACAAAGAGGAAGAGACUUCACACAGUCUCAAGACUGACAGUGGAAGAUCUGUGGGAACAGACAAAAUAAUAUCUCAUGAAAAACUUAAAACCAGUUCAGACAUCUCUCCGGCAGUGGUGAACAGUCAGGAGGAAGACUUUAGGACUGUUCUUGCAAACAGAAAAAACUUAAAUACCAAUGGUCUGAAAGAUUCUCCCGAGGAUAAAACUGGAAAUGAAAGUAGUGACAUUCUAAGUGACUGGAGAACAAGACGGCAACAGCGCAGUCAGGACAAAGAAGGGUUGAAUGGAGACUCUGAAUCAACAGUCGAAAAUGUAGCUCAAGAAUCAACGAAACCUAAAGAGAAAACAAGACCACCGCUGAGUAAACUUAACCUAAAUUUAACCGUAAAACACAGUGAAAAUUCAUCUCAAAAUGGCAGUGUAAAGACACCUGAAAAUAAUUCAGAGGAUUUUCGAAGUAUUCUGUCAAGGAAGAAAAGAUCAAGCAGCAGUUUUAGUAAGUAUGACACGAAGGACAAUAAAGUUCCGUCCAGCCCAAAGACAACAGAUUUUAGACACGUUCUUACACGGCAUGUCAGCUACGUGGAAAAUAGGCACCGCCAGGCCCCCCAGUUCACAAGUCUGCUGCGGGACAAAUCGGUCAAGGAGGGGGAGUCUGUUACCAUGGAGUGCCAUGUCACUGGGGUGCCUCGUCCAGAAAUCAUGUGGAUGAUGAACAACAAUCAAAUCAAGCCGUCCAAGUUCUUUCGUAUGACCUACGAUGACGACCACAUUGCCCGACUGGUCAUUGCAGGAGCUUACCCCGAAGAUGACGGAGUGUACGUAUGUACUGCCAGCAACAGUUCAGGCUCCGAGACCUCUAGUUGUCAUCUGUUUGUCAAAGAAUUAGUGAGCACGACAGACCAGUCAGAAGAAGAGGGAGGAAUGAAAAAGGAAGAAACAACAGAAGACGACAGUACUUGUACGGAGGACGAGUUUGCUGACACCCUGGAAGCCCCGGUCAUCCACGAAAUCAACCCCGCCCAGAUCAGCACCACCCCCGGGCAGAAAAUCACCAUCCAGGUCUCCUUCACAUCCGACGAAAAACCCAGCAUAGAAUGGCGUAAACGAGGCUUGUUGCUGAAAACAGAUGACACAGUAUCAAUAAGCACGACGGAACAUUUCAGUCGUCUGACAGUCCCUCAGGUCAAGGUCACUGAUGCCGGGAACUACGAGAUCAGUGUGAAGAACAGCAUCGGCCAGGCAACAGCAAUGUCCACCGUCAAUGUACACGAUGUGCCCGGACAGGUGCCUGGGCGACCCUACGCCUCGGACACCAGCCUGCGCUCAGUGAUCCUGUCCUGGGGGUGCCCUUCCUCAGAUGGGGGGAGUCCAGUGACCGGGUACAGGGUGGAGAUGUGUGAGGCAGAGACAGAGGUGUGGCAGACCCUCACCGAACAGUGCCAUAGUACAUCGUACCAUGUAGCUGACCUACUUCCACACACACCGUACUUUUUCCGUGUGACUGCCAAAAACAAGCAUGGAUUUGGAAAUCCAAGCGAAACAUCAUCUGUCAUUGUCACCAAAGACCGCAGGUCAUCCCUGCGUUUGUCUGUCGAUUCUGAUGAUGUUUUUGUGAUGUCACCGACCUCACCCACGGGGUCUAGUAUGUCCAUUUUCUCCCCCACAGAAGAAGAUUUGCCCUUUGAACCUAAAAUGGUGGCACUUCAACAGGACAGGAAAUUUGAGGAGAAUUAUGACUUGCAAGAAGCAAUUGGAAAGGGAAAAUUUGGAAAAGUUCACAAAUGUUUGGAAAAAACAUCAGGCAAAACAUUUGCAGCCAAGAUUGUCAAAUGCCGCACUCAAAAAGAGAAGGAAAAUCUGAAACAGGAGGUUGAGAUCAUGAAUUUACUAUCACACCCCAAACUUCUGAUGUUGUGGGAUGCUUUCGAGACAGCAAGAAGUGUUGUCCUCGUGAUGGAAUAUGUCGCUGGAGGAGAACUUUUUGAUCGCGUGGCUGACGAGGACCUAGAGUUGACAGAGAGCGAUUGCGUACAUUUCAUGCGACAAAUUUGUCAGGGUUUGCAGUACAUGCACUUAAGGUCUAUUUUACACCUGGAUCUGAAGCCCGAGAAUAUACUAUGUAUCAACAAAGACAAUAAUCUGAUCAAAAUCAUUGACUUUGGCCUCGCUCGGCGUCAUUUGGAAGGCGACAGUCUACGAGUGAUGUUCGGAACACCGGAGUUUAUUGCUCCAGAAGUUGUGAACUACGAGGAGAUUGGAUUCCCGACUGAUAUAUGGAGUGUUGGGGUCAUUUGUUAUGUCUUGCUGUCUGGGUUAUCUCCCUUUAUGGGGGAUUCGGACGUUGAAACACUGUCUAACGUUACGAGGGGUGAUUAUGAUUUUGAUGAUGAGGCGUUUGACGAGAUAUCAGACUUGGCUAAGGAUUUUAUCAACAAGACAAUAAAACUCAACAAAAAGAAAAGAUUGACUAUAGACCAGUGUUUGGAACAUCCAUGGUUAGCGAGAUCAGAAAGAAACAGUUCCAAGAAACUAAGACAAAGUCUAAGAAAUCUGAAGCAGUUCAUGGCACGUCGUAAAUGGCAGAAAAUGGGAAACGCCAUUCGAGCAGUGGGACGCAUUUCGAUGCUUCAGAAAAGCCGCAGUGGAAGUGAGAGCUCGGUACAGAGUGACUCGGAUGUUUCCUCACAAACUGACAAUAGUACUUUUUCCUCCUCUCGCCCGUCGUCCAUAGGAUCCGAGGGCAAAUCAGAUCUCCGACAGAUCAAGCCAUCCAACAAUUUGGUGCUUAAUCCACCGAAUCCAUGUGCCAACCCAUCCCACAUAACGAACCCUGAUCGAACAGAGGGCCUACCAAAACAAGGCAGGGACCCACAGCUGGCCUUUCUGAAAGAAAUGGUUGACUGUGAGGCCUUUGUUGGUGAUAAUGCAAGAUUUGAUGUUCGAAUCAAUGGAAAUAAAACAAUGCCACCUAGUGUUCAGUGGUAUCACGAAGGGGAGACAAUUCAAAGUGAAGGGAAAUAUUCUGUGAUGGAUGCUUUAUCAGACAAUGGUGAAUACUCACUGAUCAUUAAGAACGUGGAUGGCAGCAAUGAAGGUGAAUACACCUGCAAAGCCUCAUCAGGUGGUCACGAGAUCACCUGUAGUGCCGAUUUAAUUCUUAAUGAUGCAGGUGCAAUAUAAAUGACAGCACCAAUAAAUUUUAUCUAUGUGCAAUAAGGUCUUUGAUAAGUUUUUUACUUAUUGGACCUGUCAGUCAAUGGAAGGACUUAAUCAUAACUGCCAAUCAUCCCUAGCUUAACUUAUCCUGUUAGAUUCUACAUUUACAAUGUUUAGCUCAGUGUAUGAGGGAAGGGCUCUGUGCCCUGUGUCUGUUCUGUAUCUAUGACUUUUGGGGUUUGAGACUUGCCAUUAUUUGACCCUGAUGUUCCACCAGCAAGCUUUCUUCAUUGUAACAAGCUGAUGGUCACUCUUGAAUCCUAAUUCUUUCGAUUUUCGGACCCUUAACCUUUAAGGACAGACACAUGGCAUAGACCAUCCUGACAAGUGACUUAGAAGUUAGAGAGGGCAUUGUAUAUUGCAGUGUUUAUUUAUUUUGACAAGGUAGUGGUUCUACAUCUGUAUAAUUCUUUUCUACUUAAAGAGAAGGUCCAAAUUCCCUGAACCUGAUUUGGGUCUCUUUUUAUGUACAAAACUACUAUGUUUAUUUUAUGUUCAUGCACUGUACUGAACAUUUUAAAUUAAAAUAAAAUUUUAGAUAAAAAA